UUGUCUGGUAAAUCUGAGACAUAUACAGCACUACUUGGUAUCUUUGUUUUUGAAUUCAGGACAAAGGUAAGUAAUUCAGUGAACAAAAAUUGCCAAUUAUUAUUGGCCAAAUGCAGAGGUUCAGCUAGAGCUUUGUCUACAAAAAGGGCCUAAGAUGGGCUCAAAUUCUUGCCAGGAUUUUUGACUAGAAAUGAACUUGGUAACCUUGAUCCGAGCUGGUAAUUGCUUUGGUGUUAGCUUACGUUUAAAAGCUUCAAAUGUUUGAGCAACUUUCACCCGGUUGUUGUAAUCCCAAGGUUUGAAAUAAUCACCUGACCCACCAUAAGUAGAACCCAUAAUCUGAAUAUUAUCUGCUGAUACAUCUGCAAAUGAUGAAAAAUAUUUAGCGGAAUUUGGCAGCUCCCCUGAUAUAAACGCUAACCAUUUCAUGUCAGCUGGCAGCAAUUCAAAUGCAAAUGUGACCCUCUGUUUCUCAAUUACAUAUGAGCUUUUUUCAAUCUUUUCGAUAUCUUUCCUUAAUUGCUUGCCAUAUUCUAUAACUGAUGGGUGUUCUUCAAGGCAAUUCGCGCCGAAGAUUAAAUGAUUUUCAUCACAACUUGCUACUCUUUCUCCAACAUUAUCAAGAGAGACCCCCUUUUGGUAAAUUUAGUUAUACAGCACUGGGUAUAGAUAGAUAGAUAGAUAGACCAUGGAUUCCCGCCAAAUGAAUGGGACAUUUCCUUAUCGCGCCGAACCGGCUACCUCUACCUAAUCAAAUCGCAUGCACCAUAUCCCCUUCAUGUAACACCAAACCCGUAUCCCAUCCUAACACCGCAACCCUAACCCAAGAGUCACCCUUGGUGGAAACCUGAAUCUUGCCUUUACAGAUGACGGCCCUAUAAAAUUCCUCAAAAUCUACAACCUCCAGUACCACCUUCUGAGAGCUUCCAACACCCAGCCACUAAAUGCCCCAGUGACAUCAAGACAGGGCGGACGUAUAUUCAAGACCAUGUUUUCUAUCCUCGUGGCAAUGCAGGAGUCAAGAGAACUCAUUGGGGGACUCCGAAUGGAAGUUCGCGCAGUGUUCAACCACCAUAUCGAUGCGGUUCAGCAUAUUAUAAUGCAUCACCUGUUCAGCCCGGCAGUCUAGAAGGUCUCUUGGCAGAUUUGGGAAGGUGUUCAGCUUCAUCUUCAUGCCGAAAUUCACGACUUGCAUGAACUCAACUCCAGCAUCUAGGAGGGCGAGGAGAAACGUUGUUACUGGUACGUGCUUGUUACUUCCCCUUAUCAGAUGUGUUGCAUCAUCACCCGAGGGAAGGACAAUGUGGCCAUUGUCGCUGAAGUACUGGCACAAAUGGCGUUUUGUUUGCAUCGAGAAUGGCGCGAGGGUGAUGACAGGAUUCCAUGUGAGCACAAUGUAGCGCCAAUCUUCAUGCCUCCACAGCCUUCCGUUAUGCGUUGCCAGCUGUAGAGAGCUUCCUGCAAAUGAUUGCAGCACACCAAUUGCUUCUGCAUGGGUGACUGGCAUAUUAAAGGCCAUGUGGUCCACGUCAACUUCAUCCAGUGCGGCAUGUUGUGAUAGUGUUAAUUCCAUCCAGGUUUUUUUAAGAGGUCAGAGGUGCAAUUUUUAAUAUCAAAUUACAUGAAAUUGGAUAUGCAUAAUUCAUGACCUUUUAAGUUCGUUUUGUAAUAAAAAAAAAUUCCAUUAGCGACUAGGGUUAGUUAAAAGCAUAUAUUUAUGAAAAUUUAUUACAAACUUACAUUUAAUGCGGUCCAAACAAGGGACUUUAGCUGAACUUUUUUACUACACUGUUGCUUUCGUUUUCUACAAUAGGAUAGGAGGCAGUUUAAUGGGUUUAGGAGGUCAAAUGGGGGAUAAUAGGUGAUUUACCGUGAAAAUAUUUUCAAUUAUUUUUUCAAAAUUUUUUUUUUUUUAGUUUUUUGCAAAUUUUGUUCCACUUUUCAUAAUGCCCCUUGCUCGCCCAACCCAUUAUCUCUCCAUAAGCAUAGCGAAAAAGUCCUUAGUUUAGGCUCCGCUCAGAGGAGAAUUGCAAAAAACACGACGACACUUCGAUUUUUUUUUUUUUAUAAAUAGUACAUUUAAAAAGAAGCAUUUCUGUGUGAAAAUCGUUCCAAAAUAUUGAUUAUUUCGCCCUGUACAGCCAUUUGAAAAUUUAAUUUUUUUCCCAUUUUUGGUAUUUUUUUUGAAAAAGUUUGGUAAUAGGUACCCACACUAGCCCUGUUGGAUUUAAUACAGUAAAAAAGUUGAAGACAUUGGUUUUAUGGUUGGGAAGAGUUCUCCUACUGAAUUUGAAGUGGCACUUGUUGUGGCUUUUAAUUGAGGUGUUGAUUUUCCUUUGUAAACAGAGCAAGGGCUAAGUCCCAUGAGACUUUAAUUAUUAAUUUAAUUUCAUCUGCUUAUUGUAUUAAUAGCCGUCAUCGUCGUGUAGCCGUCCUACAUGUUUAAGUUCCAAAUUAUCUAUCGCAACGGUCGGCAUGUGUUCACACAAUAUAUUUCAGUCAAAUUGUUGUCGAAUUUUGUGUAGGAAAGCAUUAAUAUACUUUGGCUAUAGAGCUUAGUUUUCGUGUUUGGUGACGUAAGCUUUCCGGAAGGUGUAUUGAAUAACUAAUUUCAACUGAUGCAAUAGACUGACACUGUUUUCAACUUAGAACCCCCUAUGCGCAAAGUAGCAGAGCAUCCUUCUUCAACACAUGCAUGAAAACUUUUUUUAUUUUGACCAAUAAAUGCGAGACGAGACUAAGGGGCCAAUGGCCCCUCUGGGCUGCUCAGCCUCGUUUUGGCAUUAAAGCUUAUUCCCACAUUUAUUGGUCAAAAUAAUAAUUUUUUAUCAUGCAUGUGUUAAAGGAUGUUCUGCAUCUUUGCACAUAGCCAGCGAGAAAAAAACUUGAAAUCUAUUCCAUUCAAGUGUGAUUUAAGGUUGGUCCUAAGUUGAAAACAAUGUAAUUGUGACCGAAAAGGUCUAUAGGGCUAUAGAUUCCUAAUUUGGAAUACACUAUUUCAAGUACUUUAUAUAAGCUUGACAAUAUCAUGAAUUAGAUCCAUCGCAAUUUAAUAAUCAAUUGAUAUAUGUACAUUUUCCUGCACUCUACAUUACAGCAUUGACAAUGAAUGGCUGCCAUCUUAGUUUUUAUUGUAAACUAGGUAGUACAAGGUCCUCUGUGGAAAUGUUCUUGCACGAGUGAUAGAGUGUAGAAAGUUCUCUAUCAUUAAGAGUGUGACUAACAACUUUCAUUAAAUACCCAUACGAAUAAACGUCAGUGUAGACAGUUUGUUUCCCCCCACCUGAUUUUAGUUCAGGAGCUAAGUAUGGGUACUUUCUGUUGUAUUUUUCUUGCUCUCUCUUGUUAAAUUCUGGGUAUACCUUGCCAUUAUUGGCUGCCGUCGCUUUUCCAAAGUCAAUUAGAACUAUGGUAAAAUGCUUGCCAUGUUUUUCAACGAUAACAUUAUUGGUGUUCAGGUCAUUAUGUAUUAUACCCUGUUCGUGAAUAUAGCAAAUAGCCUUAGAAAGUUUGUGCAAUAUAGCUAACCAGUUUGGACGAAGAUCUGGGCCGACAAUGUUAUCACUCAAAGCUUUAAACAUUGUAGUGGAAUGCAAGGGGUCUUCGGAUUCAACACUAUGAUAUGUUGUGACAAUGAGAAAAGGAUUUUUCUCAAAACAAACACCAAGAAGCAAAGGAAGAUUGGGGUGACUUCUCUCGUAAUUUCCAUGUUCAAAGUUUCUUGUUUUAUUUCUUUUACCACUGCUUUAAUUGACCCGUACUUUGCCUGAUAACAGAUCCCAAAUGUUCCUUCUCCAACUGUUCCGUCUGCAAGUAAACGGCUCUGCAUGAACAUCUCACUCUUUCUCCAAUGAUAGUGAAAGUAUGUUGCAUGUUUAUACAAACGAUCAUUAUCCUCUUUAUUUUUUUUAAAUUGCUUCGACAUAGGUAAUUCCUCGGGUGACUUGGAUAAAUUAUUUGUAGCCAUUGAGGGGCUACCUUCCUCUACCAUGUAGGAUAUGUCGUCUUUAGCCGACAAAUGGUUAGCAUUUUCUGUUCCUUGAAUUCCGGCUUUCUUUACCUUGAGCUUAUGUUUUUCCUUUUUCAUCACACGUCUACGAUGCGUAUUAUUUUUCCUAUAGCUUAGAGAUCGCAUUUGAUGAGCUUUUUUCAAAUUUAUUUCCCUUCCAUUUGGUAGCGUCAACAGUGCGUGGACAAGUCAGUGUCAUAUGAUUCCUCUCAACUAAUUAAUUUUAUAUUUGCUCUGGUAACAUUUGUAUGACUAUAAAGCAAUUUGCCACAAUAUUGUUUUCCGGUGCUGAUUGGCGAUUGAGUUUUGAGCUGAAAUUCUAAGGUGUUGAUGAGAUUAUAAACUCAGCUGCAGGUUUGCGCUAUGCUAGGCUAUUAAAUCAAGCCAAUAUAAAUCCUUAGCCUAUAAAUCUAUCUUUUGGCGAGCUGUGCAGUAAGAGUGUAGUUUUCACGCUUCUUAGGUCUGUUUCAAACAUCGCGCUUUUAAUGUGCCGUUCUGAAUUCGGAGCAUUUUGCACAUAUCAAAUGUUAAGCGCAAUGUUUAAAUAAACAAGUUUGACUAUUUCAGUUUAAGUGCGGAACCCUUAUUAAGUUUGACAUGCACAGUCGUGGUUAAUGUAUAAAGUUUGACGGGGUGGGAAACUCAUGGCGAAUGGCAAACUUGUAAUGUGUGGAACUUAAAAAAAAAUUUGUUGAUUAAGAAUUAUACCGUUUUGUUUAACAUAUCAGUUUGACUUCAUUAAGCUAAACGCCUUUGAAUCAACGCUCAAAUUUGAUUAAAUUUGCUGAACUUAAUGUGAGUUGAAUUCGGCAAAUUCAAAGAAAAACGCGACGUUGUAUGCAGUAAUAAAGCACUAACACCCCUUUAUAUUAAUACGACAUUGAUAAGUCGCUACGGAUUAUUAUAAUGGGGCAUGAUUAAAUCAUCACAAAAAUAGUAUAUAAUAUGUAUACACUUCUCCUAUAGUGGCCUGUAUAAGUGUAUUUCAAAUAUAUUAGAAAAAAAAACAUGAAUUACAUUAUAACAUCAUAGUAAUUUUACACUUGUAUAUAUAGUCUUUGUAACUUGGUCAUAGCCUAUAAACUCCGAAACAAUGUUAUAUAUAUAUAUCAAAAUAUCAAAUACAUGCUGUAUUUCAUUACAGUAAUCUACAGCUAAAAGGUCGGUAAUCAACGCCUAAUAGGAAUUCCUAGUAUUCUUCUAAAUAAUUGUUUAUAAAACCAAACAACCAAAUCUAGAAUACUUUCCAGGUUCAAUGCAUCAUAUCCAUGUAAAAAAUGCAAUAUUCGUAAGAACUAAUGUUCAACUGCAUUUCGUCUGGUCCAGUUGAUAUUUGCAUUGAACAUGGUGAAGCCAUCAGAAAUUAUAACUUACAUUUUUCCAAAUCAUCAACAGCGACUUACACCAUGGCCAGAAAUCCCGGACAUAAUUUAUUUCCAUAAAAAUUUACAUAUCACUUUGAAAUAUGGCUAUAAACAGUAGAAUAUGUACAACGUGAUGAGGAAAAUGGCAAAAUCUAAGAAUAUGGUGGAUCGUUUGCUAUUUGCCAAAAUCGCUGGUGCUAAAUCAAAGUUUGUCGAUGUAUCUAGUGUAAUUUUGGCCUAGUUUAAGUUGCUGUUUUUCCUGCUUUUUAGUUUAUUCUUAGUGUGGUACUUUUAUGUAGAGUUAAAUAGACGAAUGUAGUUAAAAAUUAACCUCUGUACAAAUAUAGAAAAAGCAGGAAUGGUAGUAACUUAAAUCAGGAUAAUAUUACACUAAAUUCUUCGACAGGCUUUGUUUUGCAACCAGCGAUUGUGGCAAAUUGCAAAAGAUCUACUAUAUAUUCUCCAAUUUUGCGUUUACAACAUUGCGCUGUAUAAUCUACUAUAUAGCCUAUAUACUGUUGACACCGUUGGGGCCAUAUUUCAAAGUCAUAUGCAAAUUAGUAAGGAAGUAGAAUACAUUAUGUCCCGUGAUUUUCAAUAGUUCAAAAUCAUUUUAUGCUUUGCGUAAUCCCGGGUAAGAUCAUAUAAAUAGCCCCUAAGAAUCAGUUUCUUAUUUUUUUCCUAAUAAGGCACGAUUAAUAGUUUUCAGGUUAAUCAUUGUAUGAAGUGCGACACACACAAAAGUGCGACACACACAAAGAAGCACUUCCACCCUUGCCGAAAAAUGCGUCCUUCCCAAAGCAUCAAAAGUUCAUCUACGGCUGGUUUUAAAAUGGAGUUUAGAUCGUGCUUGGGUUGACCUUCAAUUAACCCGAGUAAUACAACAUUCUCUCUCUUAUAUCUAUCCUCUGUGGGCAAGUUUGCAAAGACACAGUAAAAACCUCCCACAGAUCCUGGUGAAUGCUUAAAAGGGUUAAACCAAUCAACAUUCAUGAUUAACGCAAGGUUGUUAUUCCCUUUCAGGAAUGGUCUUCCUUCAUAAAACUGGAAUUCUUCCCACACUUUGCUGUCAUGUAUGUCAGUCAUUACCUCCGAUUCAGUGUUAUCCUUUUUUCUCCACUGAUUGCACAUGUCAAAAAAAUUUUGUUGGAAUACAAACUUAUUCAACAAGCUGAAUAGGCUUCGAAAUACUUUUUCGCGGAUGCCAAAAUAUUUUUCCGGACUUUCCUCUGACUUUCUUCAUCAACUUUUCUCCACAUGCUUCACAUAUUCGUAGUUGUGGGUGAUUUGGCCACCAAACAUUGGAACAUGGUACAAUGUUCCUUAGAGUACAAGGCGUAGCAUUUUGGGCAAGUGGCAUAGACAGUAAAAUCGUUUGUCUUGAUGCCAAGUAAGGCACAGAUAGUUGCCAAAGUUCAGAAAUUUGAGGAGAACUGCAAUCGCUGAUCCUGGAAUGCCAAAGCAAGAUGCCAUACUAAAAUAAAUAGAGUUAUGGCCCCAAUUUCAGAAGAUAUAGGCACAGCAUUCGCUUUGCCAUUAACCACUUGUUCUUGUUGGUUUUCAUGUGUAUCUGGCUCAUCUUCCCAAAUUUCUUUGUCUGUGGUGCUAUUCUCAGUUGUGCUCUUAUCGCUGUUGCUACUAUAGCAUAGAUUUUUGGUGUGAAUUUUGAGUUUUCUCUGCCAAAUGCUCUUGGAAUGCGAAUUCAAAUUCAGACUUUCUCCUGAAGCGAAAAAACAACCCUUACUUAAGCACGUACCUAACUGAUUAAGGUGGCUCCCUACAGUUUUCUAAAAUUUUACGUAUUUUAGGUAACCUUCGUUUUCAACCAUAUUGAACACACUUGAGACAGGGAAAUAUAAUCAUUUCCAAGAAUGUUCAGAAGUCUUCUGCUGUCGAUAUAUGAACAAACAGGAACAGUGUUAGUGUUGCCGUGGCAACCAUGAUGUUUCAUCUUUUGCACUUUUAUUGUCUACUUUUACAAUCAAACAGCAAUAUCUUUUUUUUCCUUCAGUCAAUUUUUCUGAAUUUUUUUUUAAGAUUUAUGGUGAAAGAGGAAUGAAAAUUUGAAAUACUUUUGUUUUACAACUCGAAGACGAGGUGAAAGAAAUGGUUUUAGAACUGGUAUAUCUCACAGAAAAGCUCAGAUAUAUUAUACAGAUGUUUGGUAGUAUAGUAAGUUGUCUUUCGUUGCAAACUUUUCUGAACUUUUAUAUUCUCAAUGAACAUGUUUUUUUUUCACUGUUGUUUCGGUAUUCUUUAAAAAACCUAUUUAAACUAAUUUCUAUGUAAUAAAUGUAUUUUGCUAACCUGUCAAAUUUUUUUUAGAGUUUUUCCUUGUACUAUUAUCUUUCUCAAAGCGAAUAUUUUCCUUUUUUCUGCUUCGCAAAACUUGUGUACUUUUUGGACCGCCAUCUUGUUUUUCGCUACUCACCGUAUAUGAGCUCAUAUACGGCGAGUAAUUCAACCAAUCAGAUUGCAGAACAGCUUAUAUACGGUGAAUGACUAUAUUAUAAAUAUUACGUAUAGUGUUACCUUCUUUUUGCUGGUAGGGGUAGACAUUUUGGGAUCAUCAUUUCAUAUAGUUUUUUCCACGCUUUCUGUCAUAUCUACAACUUCUGGUGGUUUUGUAAGCAAUAGCGGAACGAAAUGAUUAGGGAGCCAUGUGACGCCGGUUCUGGGUCGUGAAACAUUGGACCACAUGAGGACGAUAGGUGGUCUAGGCGAUCUUUGUUUGGGUUGAAUGUUCUAUGCAGAAUGGAAACAGUUUUAUCUAGCAGUCCGUUGACUGGUGGAUAUAUAGACAAAAUCUUCGUUCCAAAUACCGAUGCUACCGCAUGAUUCGUCCACGCCGAUGAAAACUUUCCACCAAUAGCACAUUCUCUGACUGCUGUCCGGUAGUCCAGGGACAUAAACUUUACGCCCGUGUUCUUGUGCUUUUUUUUAAAAAGAUCUUUGUUGACAACCAUUUCAAUGCAAGUACGCACCCGAAGCUCGGUUGAUAGCAAAGGUAUCUCCAGCAAUAGCGGUUGACAACGCAUGAAAAAGGCAAUUCCCAUCUGCAGGAACAGCAGCUGGUAAGCAAGUUGAGGGUCCGCCUAAAUAAGGAAGUGCAUUAGUCAUUUGAAACCACAGCGGGCCCCCCACCCCCGGGACAUAGCGGGGAAUUUAACACUGACAAGUGUUAAAAAACAUUAAUUCCCCCGUCCCUGGGGCAAACUGUUCUGUUAAAACCCCCGUACAGCCGGGCUUCAAUAUACCUAAACUAUAAAUACAAGACAAAUUCUGCAUCAUGCAUCAUGAGAUCAAGGCCGAAUUUUCUUGUUUUGCCUGUUGGGAGGGGGGGGGGGUUUCGGAAAAUUUUACUUGUCUUAAGACGGGGGCAACGAAAAAAUAUUAUAACUGUAGAGUUUCUCCUCAGUCUCCCCCUGUACAAUAAAUAAUGAGCAGUCCCUAAUGCCCAUGGCCUCGUAUCUUAGGGAACGGGAAUAAACGUGGGAAAACAAGUGAAAACUGCUGCUUGACACAAUUGACAGGCCAAAUUCAGAUGUUAUUGAAUUACUACUUAUUGUGUUAACGGCUUGUUUCUUGUUGCUUAUUUCGAUUUAUAACUAUUUUUGUGUGUAUUUUAAGAUUUUAUGCCCACAACGACAGUUGUAAACGACUAAUAUGUUAUAAAAAUGACCGGUUGUCUCUCCCGUUUUUUGUGUGGAAAAUGCAUGUGACAAUGUUACAUAGCGACGGUGUUUAUCCAGAAGCGAAAAACAGUAUUUUACUGCGGCGAUUUUAAUGUCAAUAUAUGUUAUUCUGUGAAAAAUCGAGACAACUAUGGAAUGAAAGUAUAAUUUCCAGCAUCUUUUGCAUUAAAUAUCAUGUUGUAUUUUCUCAGAAGUAUUAUUUCAACUUUCAAGCUCAGUUUUAUAGACAAUAUUUUCGAAAAAAGCCGUAAUAUUUUCGAAAAAAGCUGAUUUUCCCAUUUCCUAGGAUACGAGGCCUCGAUCACGACUUAUGAAUAAUGUCUAUGCACUAUGAUGACAAUGAAAUGUUAGGUGAAAUGAGACUUACCAACUCGCCUCAAAAUUUCUCGGGCAAUGAUAUCAAGAGUGGACGUUCCAAACAGGAUUUCCUCAGCUUUUACUUGUGCAAGGGGUGUCUUGCGCAAAAAGAUUUGCUCCAUUUUUACUGUCGUUUCCAACAUUCCCUGCUUUGAUGCAUUCUCUAAGCAUCGUAAAGCUGCGGCGAAGUUGUAACCGCCACCCACAUUAUUGGCACAAGAAGAACACGGGUAAUCGUCUGUUAGCCGAUUCAAGGUGGUUAGAUCCUUCGCAGAAAGACGUUCGCAUUGUGCCACACGCCGCAACCUUCACAAAACACAGAAUCAUCGUUGCACUGCAGACCGCAUACGCCACAUGGCCAUUUGCGCCUGUUAACAUGAGCAGAUUUUCUACUAGCCAUAUUUUUUACUUUAGUCAAGAACGAAAUUAAUGAAGAUGUUUAACGAGGUUUAACCGAUGGUGCUGCAAAGCCAAGCUUGUCAAUUGUGAGGUUGUUUGUGGGAUUGUUUUGUGAUGCGUUCGAGAUCCGUGGGCAUUACGUCAUUAAGGCUUUAGGCACUUUCUGUCAUGCAAAUUAAUACAAUAUUAACAGAACAAAAGACAACAUUUUUGAAAUUCUUAGCAUUACAAAGCCAAAUAAAUAAUUUGUUGUGGUGAUAAUAAUAUAGUUGUAACGCGAAAAGUCUCUCCUCAGAUCGCUCUGAAAAGAUCGCUCUUUCGCUUCGAGAAAAGUUAUAUUAAACUGUUAUCUUUUACUACCGAACUGAAUAAUCUCUUACUGCUGAAAAUAUCUUUUACUGCCGAAAAUAUAUUUUACUGGCAAAAACAUCGUUUUCUGCCGAAAAUAUAUUUCAUUGAUAUUAUUUAGAGUAGACUUGAAAAAGACUUUGGCGAUGUCCCAGAAAAUAAGUCAGAAUAACAACCGCACUUUAGCAAACGAUGACAUCAUGCGUUGGCGAAUAUGUUAAUAUGCACAUGUCUAAUAAAUAACAGGGAGUAAUUAGCAUUAGGGUAAAAGUAGACUUUUGAGUGGAAACGUUUGUUCGAAAAACAAAACAAAUGAGUGGUUAUUUCAUAAAAAAAACCUUUUCCUAUGCAUUUUACUUUAAUACAUAUACACAGUGUAUAUAAUCGCUCAUAUGGUUGAAAUGCAUUACAGAAGCAUUCCGUGGUAAAAACGAAAGUAAUUUUCGGGGUAGCCAAAUUUCCUGUGACAGCGGUAUAUAAUUUUCCCCAGGCAUUCUGUGAAUAGUUUUUGCAAUGCCAUAUAUUACAAGAAACAUUCAAACUCUCAUUAAAAGGCAUUUUUAUCAUUAACUAACGUAAUUACUUGUGUAAUUUUUCCCUGGGCAUUCAUUUCCGACUCCCAGGCAUUCUUUUGUGACAGCCAGACAUUCCGUGAACAGUAUUUUGCAAUGACAUAUGUUACAAGAAUCAUUUAAUCUUUCAUAAAAUAAGUGAUUUUAUUAGUAACUAACGUUAUUAUUAACAUAAUUUCCCCCGGGCAUUCUUUCCCAACUCCCGGGCAUUGAACAAAUGUUCCCGGGCAUUCUUUAGUAGGACAGGUUUUGUCUGUAUGUGUUGUCGUCCAAUUUGUAUGUUUUCAUUUUUGUUCUUCACUUCCCUUCAUUACCCUUUCUUAUCCUUACGUUUUGUGUACCUCAUACUCUCUUGUAAUUUAAUAUUGCUAUGAUAGCUUUGAUUUAUGCUUAAUUACUCUUACAGCUUGUAAUUUAAUAUAGUCUGAAGAUGUCUUGGGUUAAGACGAAACGUUACUAAAUCUUUAUUAAAAAUUUGAAAUUUAAUGGUUUAUGGCUCUUUUAAAAGCACUUUGCUGGGCUUUAAUAUUUAUUAUUGGUACUCAUAUUAAGUUGAAAAAUAUGGUAUAAAAUGCCAUCUGUAGCCAAAAUAUAAUUAAAUUUGCAAAAUCUUCCAUCAAUGUAAUCUUCCAGAGUAACAUAUUCAUUACAGUAUUUUGCAUAAUAAACUUUGGUAUAAACGAAAGUAUUGCCAAACUCUUGAGGCUUUUCCUGUUGCAUAAACUGGGCCAGGGCAUUCAUUUGGACAGCCUUCCUUGUAUGGAUUUCUGCAGACUUAAAUAACUCUAUGAUAGAGGAUAUGGUAUCUUGUUUAUAUUGUUUCAAGACAUAUUUUCCAGGUCUAAUUCCUGAAAUUACCUCUGCUUCAAAUGCAUCCCUGAAUCCACCACUGGCAAACUUCUCUGUGUUAACAGAAAUCUUAACUUCUAUGGGAUCCUUCCACAUUUUUUCUUUUAUCUCAAACUGUUCCAAUUAGAGAGUAAUGACUUCCUUAUUGGGCUUGAUGAAUUUCCCAAUGUUCAACAUCUGACUUAAUGGAACUGAAGCUGGCACUUUCGAAGUUGUAACACCACUUAUACCAGUACAUCGGAUCAGGUGCUCUGAUGUGAUGGAAUGAACCACCCGAACAUGGCUGUCAUCACAGACUGGGACAGAAGAGCAAUGACUACCAUCAAGAAAUCUAAAUAAAAUAAUGAAACGGUCAUCCAUCUCCAUGUGUUGUUUCCUUGUAUUUUUCAUUGCGGAACUGAACUCAUUAUGGUUAAUUUAAAAUAAACCAUUGUCUAGGGGCCUGAAAUAUAAAGCCAAUAUGUUUUUUAGUAGGCACCUUUCUUUAUAUUGAUUCAUGAAACAAUGUAAAAAAAUGUCAUGCAAUGUACAGUGAUGUAAAUAUACAACAAUGUCUGCAAUUUCUAGGGAUGAUCUAGGAAAUUCCAACAAACAGCAAAAAAUCAAAGGUUUAUGAAAUUACUCUAGAAAUUCCAUGGAUAAGGGACUGGUCAUUAUUUAGCAGGAGGGGUGGGGAGGUGCAAUUAAAACUUUUCGGAAUGAAAUUUUCUAACCCUGCCUUCGUCUUACAAGGAAAAAUCAUGACCCCUAUCUUGCUUAAGGCGAAAAAAAGGCCUCCCCGUUCAACGACGCACUACACCCAGCUACAAAAUGGAAAUUUUCAUAACCUUUUAACAAUGGUAUUGUUGCAUAUUUAUAAAUUAACACCCUAUAGGCCAUGUAUGGAUAUGAAUACUGUCUUAUACUGCUCUAUUAAAACAUGUUCCUGAUACUUAAAACUGAAGUACUAUAAAAUGCAGCAUUAAAACAGGUGACCCCCUCUGUUUCCACCUCCCCCUGCUAAAUAGUGACCAAUCCCUAAUGGCUAAUGAUGUCCUCAAUGGGGGUGGGGUUCAAUAUCGAUUGAAAUAGCCCAAUAAUACAAUACAAUUAAAUGUAUUGUGAAUAUGCAUAUAAUAUACUUAGUAAGUUAAUGGUUAAAAUAAAAAUAUAAAGUUAAAUAACUGGGCUUCUAUUUAUUUAUUUAUUUAUCGUUGUCUUUAUUAGGGUCCACUAAAGUAUAUGUACAAAGUCUAAUUAUAUAGUCAAUUAUUCAGAGACCCUAAAUGGGCGAGGCACAAACAGGACUCGAAGAACCAUGCAAGGCACCUGCCCAAACUUAGUAAAAAUCUACUGUUCUAAUUGAAAAUCUAUACUGUUCUAGUAAACCUCGGAGGUGCAUACGCCUCAUAAAAAUCAAGGGUUAGUAAAUCCCCAGUUGCUUCCCACAAUGCAUUGUAUUCCUAUUUAAUGAAUGAAAUGCGGGAAACAACUGGCACAAAUCGUAAAUGCACCCACUCAAGGUUUACAAACUAUAUUAUGCUGUUAAUUUUUAUUUUCAAAUUACACUUUCCACCCGGCCAGUGUAUCAAUCGAUGCUGUCUUAUGUUUAUAUCAUAUAUAUUAUAUAACGGUAUUAUUAUGUUAAACAUUAUUACAUAAUGUUAAUAAACAGUUAGGACCUGUGGCAAGGACAGUCCCGAGUCAAAGACCAUGUGCAAGACACGUCUACAUCAUAAAUAGAGUUGACUAAGAUUGAUUAUUUGUACUUGAGAUAAUAUUUAAAAGAACUAGGUCUAGAGAAGCUGUCAUGAGAUACUUCUUGAGAUACAGUGUUCCAGAUCUUGACAAUAUGGUUGUAGUAGGAGGAUUGAAAAGUGGUAGUUUUACACAGUGGGUUUUAAAGGAUAUACUCAGAGGAAAGACUCAAUUGAGUACGAUCAUGGCUGACAAACAACACAUAGUUACUCAAGUUCACGUUUAUAAAACCAAAUAAAGCUUUAUAAAAGAAUGUUAAGUCCUUCAUUUCUCUAUCGUAACUUAAUGGUAGCAGGUUUAACGAUGACAGCCGUUCUUUGUAAGGCAUCUCUCUGUUCAUAUUAGUAUCCACUUGGUUGCCCUCCGUUGGACUUUCUCUACUUGUCUUGAUAGCUGAGUUAACCGGUGACCACACCUCCAAAGCAUACAACAACUGGGACUUCACAAGUGACAGAUACAAAGUUUGCCGGGUGUUCAUGUCUGUAAUACUAGUACAAGUUCUUAAAGUAUACCUAACAUUUUGUUGGCCUUCGCAACAAUGGUGUUUAUUGUGUAGUUUGCAAGGGUGUAUUCGUAGAUGAUAGGAGUUUUUUUCUUUUGUGUGAUAGUGAGGACUUUACACUUAGAGGCAUUGAAGAAGAGAUUGUUUUCCAUACUCCACAGAUCUAACUUGACCAAUGAAUGUUGUAAUUUUCGUAUCGUCCGCAAACAGGCAACUUCAGUUCCGGUAUGUAUGAUGUCUGGGAGAUCGUUAAUGAAUAUAACAAACAAAACUGGUCCAAGAUGCUUCCCUGAGGCACACCUGAAGUGACUGAUGACCAUGCAGAAGCUACCCAAUCCACAACAACUCUCUGAGUCCUACAGUUUGAAUAGUCGGCGAACCAAUCAAGAACAGAUCCCGUCACACCGUACCAACACAGCUUAUCCAGUAAGAUAUUAUGGUCAACAGAGUCAAACGCUUUGGCGAAGUCCAGGUACAAGACAUCAGUCUGGGUAUUCUUAUCUAGAUCUUGACCGAUAGAGAGGAAAGCUGAUAGGAGUUGGGUGACACAUGAGCGAUUUCUCAGAAAACCAUGUUGAGAUGGACUGAUAAGGUUCACAACAUGGUCAUACAACUCCAGUAAAUGCACCGUUCUAAGGGGUCUUACUAAAGAUGGGCAAUAGUGAGAUUGGUCUGUAGUUCACAGUUGGUUCUUUGGAAUUCUUCUUGUGUACUGGAGUAACAUCUGCUGAUUUCCACAAAAAUUUAUUUUUAUUAUUUUUUUCUAUACUAUAUACAAUAUAUACAGACCUUAUAUGAACAACUUUCCAAUUUUUUAUCUGACUUACAUCAGUAAAUGACGGCCCUCUUUCUCCUGCCAAUACAUCGCAGGCAGCUGAAGUUUUAAAAUACUUUUGGCAAUCCGAUUUUAAGCUAUCCAAAGUAAGUGGUACCAUUGUAAGCGGCCCAAUACGUGUGUAUUUUUGACACUUUUCCCUCAACUGUGGAGGACAAUCGUUGAACAGUGAGAUACUCUGUUGGUGGGCAACGUUGAGGAUUCGUGAUUUUUCUCUACUCGUUUCUUAGCAACUUUUUGUUUAAGACCUUCCCACUUUCUUUUGUUUGACAUUGUUAUUUUACAUAAAUACCACGACCACCGAACCAUGUGUUGAACUCAGCUGGGAUCAACAGGUUUUCAGGCAUUGAUUUGAGCCUGUGAUCCUUGGUUAAUGGCACUAAUGGGCCUAUGGCACUCUAUUUUCAUUUUUUAAAAUUUAUUUAUUCAAUUACAAAUAAAAAAAUAAAAUAUGAGUAAAAAUUGAAAAAUAAAAAUAUAAAUUAAAAAUAAAACAAAAAUAAAUCAGUUUGUAAUUGAAUUUUAAAACAUUUCAAAAUAAUUACAAAAACCGUUAUGGCACUCCUGGGCCACCAUACUGAUCCUAACCUUAAAUUUGGAAAAUAUUUGAUGCACAGGGCUUCAAAUAACAGCCGAUCACUGAUUGGCAAGAAAUUGCUUAUGAUCAGCGGAAAAGCAAGGUUUCCAACCUGAAAAAGCAGGGAAAGUUGUUACUGUCGUUAAACUGAUCGGGAAGUUUGGGAACGUUAUUUCAAGCCCUGGUAGAUGAAAACAAUGUGUUAAAUUUCGACCCAGGGUUAGUACUAAUUGUGCCUUGAAUAACAGACCCCAGUGGUAUAAAUCUAUUUCAAGAACUAUGCCGUCAAGAUGUUGUGGGUGUCGUUAAUUAUUAACUGAAAUGAAAUAAUGUUGAUUAGUUCGAAUUACACAACAGAGGUAUAAUUAGACUUUAUAAAGAACUAUACUAUUCCCAAGCUGUGGAUGUUGUUGUCGGUCAUGAACUGAAAAGAAAUAGUAUUACUGUAGUUAGACCAAAUUACACAUUACAGAUAUAAAAGUAUAUCAACAUUAGAACCAUACCAUUUCCAAGUUGUUGUUGAGGUUGUUUAUUUACUGAAAUGAAUUAAAUCAUGCAUGUUAUUGUAUGAGUUAUAAUAAAAAAUAUGAUUGAACCAUACUGAACAUUUUUUUUUUUUUCUGUGUUGCUGUAGUGUACUCAGGUGAAUAAUAUUUGUGCCAUGUUACUCUGAGUGCAUAUCCACACCGGGCGAGCUUGAAAAUAUGCCCGGCCACGGUGGGAUUCGAACCUACGACCUUUGGAAUACUAGCCCAAUGCUCUUCCAACUGAGCUACGCGGUCAGGACGGUUCGAGUAAGUGAUAUUUCAGAAACAGAUAUGGCUGGACCUCUUCUUCCUCCUCUUUGUCAAUAUCUAUAGUUAAAAGUUAAUCCUUUCUUGUCAUGAGUACUUCAGAUUUUAUUCUUUCUCAAAUGUCAAGAAUCCCUUAAGAUUGUUGACAUUUUCAGAAUGACCUAAUUUCUGUUUUAAAUAUAUGAUUGAAUUCAUACUAUCAUCAACAUGAACAUCUAAAAUAAAAGAUGUUGUGUUAAGUUAAAGUUGAGAUAACUGUAUCACAUGCAUGAUAUUGAAAAUUGAUAAUCCGUACAUGUUAUAACGUUUGUCUGUAAAAUGAAAUUGUCAGUAUAUACUUUAUUACAUGUAGGUAAGAGAGGACAAUCUAAAAGUACAUGGUACUAUUGGGUUGAAUUUUAACAUAUUUAUAUGAGAAUAUUUCAUCCUGGCUGGCCAAGAGGGUUUUCGCCAAGUAAUUGGUUACAACUGUACCUCGAGGUCACAAAUAUACCUCUGUACAACUGUACGCUAAGUAAUUGGUCACAACUGGCCUCUGUUCACACCUAUUUACCAUUGGUUGUAAGUCCUUUUAAUUUUAAGUGAGGUCAACAACCAGCAUAUUAUACUGCAUAUUUAUUGUAAUGUACAUACCAAGAAUAGCAUUGUUGUCCGGUAAUUCCACUAAAAUCGAAUAUAUAUAACAUAGGGAUUAGCUAUGAAAUAGUUAAGUUAAGUCCAAGCUAUACCUAUAGGUUCAACCGUGAAGCACCCCUUUUAAUAUGGUUUUAUUCAAUUAUCAAAAAAAUUGGAACAACUUACUUUUGAGUUUGUUAAAUAUUUGCUAUAAUUAUAAAAGAAAAUAUUAAAGGAAAUCAUUGAUAAAAUACAUCAGCUAAGAAGCAUACUAUAAAUAAUUUUAAAAUAUACUUGUACCUUUGUGCCAAAUUAGUUGAAAUAUCUCUAAAAAAAACUAAAAAAACUGUUUAAAAAACACAAAAAAGUUUUAUGUUGUGUAUUAGAAAAAAACAGUAAAUGAAGUUAUUUUUGCCCAAAACAUAUAUAUUCUACAAAUAGUAGUUUAAUUAUUUUUUGAUCAAAGAUACAGUGUAUGUUCUUAAACUUUGGCACUCUUAGAUGACUGUUUAUAAAGCACAAGUCCAAAACUAACUUUGAACAGUUUACCCGAGGAAUUUUUUGCAACACUAAGAGGACUACAAACAGAUAUAUCAUGUUCCCCAACUUCAACUAAAGACCCGGACACCAAGAGUUUGUCGAUUUUACAUGAAACAGUCAGAAUUGUUGGUUGCACUAGCAUGAUUAUUAAACAAUUUACACUCAGGCAAUCGACCAUUGACUAUAACAGACAAGUGAUUAUUAAUGUUAUCAUCUCCUACCUCAUCGAAUGGUUCAGGCUCAGACUGAAAAAAACGAUCAGUUCUGGUUGGAAUUUCACAUGUUAGUUGCCAUACUUGAGAUGACAUAACAGGCAUUUGCUGAGCGACAGUCUCUUACGAUGUGAGCUGGUCAUCAACGAAAACAUGUGAUACCGGUUUCAUGUGGCGAAUUUCCCACCUUGAAGUUCCCCGAAGGCAUUUUCCCCCAACUCUGAAAUGGCCUUUGUUGGCGCUCGCUGCUGUUCUUUUCCCUUUGAUCGAGAAGCUUCGACUUUCUUUUCGUAAGCCUUUACUUUCUUCAACAGCCUAGCUUAUUUUCUUUUCCGCUGUAUAGCAGUGUACUGUAUCACAGCCGAAUUUUUCUGAGUAAAAUAUGCUUAUUUCCCUCUGUGCGUAACUUACCUUCCAAGAGCUUGUUUCAUAUUUCAUCUCCGCCAUCUGACUAUUACUGAUUUAUUCAGCUGAUAUUGGUUUUUGUUCCCCUCGAAGUGAAUUCCGCGACCUUCACAUUCGCUGUUGUAAUGGCCGAACUACAUAUCCGAUUUUAGUCGCUUCAAUUCCUCUGUGUUCUGCCGUUGUUGGCUCAGUAAUUCCCUUGCCCAGGCUGGUGGUUCUUCAGGCAAUCGAGACCUAGGGGCACUUUAUGUUCGGCACUGCGUGUGAUCACCGCUUUCCUCUCGAUUUUCCUUAGCUUGUAUUAAUCAGGCCGGCCCCCAGCAGUGUGUGAGAAAACAUUUUCUGCUUCUUUUGUUUCUCAGCCAGCAGAAAAUUAUACAUGUCUAGGUAACUGGCAAUGACAAACUCCCUGAAUGCAGUCCUAAAAACACAAUAAUAGAGGCAUAGACCACACCUCUAAAAUUGUGCCUAGUAACAGGAGAAAUAACCUAGAAAGCACAGUUAUAUGCCCAGUAUACUGGUGCUCAAACACCACAACUAUUGAAUUUGAAAAACAAUGACAAUUCAUAACCUACUAUAUGUUUGGACAGUUUUCUCUGCAAGCACUUUAAGACACUCUUCAGCUUCGAGUGCAUAUUUUUGCCCUACCAAUUGCUUUCAGGCAAUCAAAUGACAUAGGUUCAAACACAAUAUCAUGAUUUGAUCUUACCUGCAAUGUAGCUACAAAUGUGCAUCCAGAAACUUUUUCUCCUUUACCUAAAUCAACAACAGCUUUUGUUGUGUCUCUCCUUGUGACUUUUGAAUGGUCAUUGCAUACCUCAACCACAAUGGCACUUAUUGCCUUGACAGGUACUUUCCAUCAGCCAUCCAUUCAAACACUUUAUGUGGGACAGGUAUACAUUUAAACCAUGAAUGUAAGAAUGCAGGACCAGAGUAACUGUGGAAGUGUACCAAUACUGUAGCUUUACUACAUUUGGCAUUAACUGUAUGAAGCAAACCAACCUCUGCUGAUUUACCCCCCACCCUGGGCUUUCUCCCACCAUGUAUUUCUAAUGCUACCUGGUAUGUUUCCUCCUUACGAGACCUAGCAAUUCAGUUCGGUGCAAUUCAGUUCGAUGCAAUUCAGUUCGGUUGCAAACAUCAAUAUCUAUAUAUGGAAGGACAACCAUAUCAUCCAUUGCUGUAAUGCUGCAAUGGCCACUGCAAUGUCGCAUAAAUCCAAGAGAUUUAAGUGGACAGAACAAAUGAAUGACGAUGUGCUCCAAUGUAAACGAAAGGCAAAAGAAUUAAUUUCAUCACAAAAUCCACCACAGAACGAAAACGGUAAAAAGAAAGGCUAUAUUGAAGUGAUGAAACAGCUUUGGGACGACAAAGGAUAUGGGCAACUCGGGCUUAAGAGUUAUAAUUUACGAAAUCAGGCCGCAAAACUAGAAAAAAUGCCAGAAUAUGCCGAGGAGAGCAACAUAGUAGACACUAAUGGCAUUUAUGAAAUUGUUCACUUCAGGAGAAAUAUUUUUAACAUACCGUCUGGGCGAGCCGGAAAGAAUUAUAUUGAAGAGCUGACCUUUUGGAUGAAACAAUUCAAUUCAAAUUCGGACUUAAAUCCAAUUGCUUUGAAAGCAUUCAUGGUGUUUCCCUCUUUGAUUCUACAAAAGCCCUCAGCUACUUCAAAGAGUAAAGACCAUAGUGCAGCGAUAGUACGCAGAUUGGCUCUGUGGAAACAAGGAGACCUAGUUGCUCUAAUGAAAGAAGUGAAAUUCAUACAGGGAAAAUUCGCCAACUCAAAGAAGGCUAGAUCUGUUGAGGACAUUUCCAAAGUUUUUGCGAGACUGGUUUUACAAGGCAAAGUGUCCGCAGCAAUCAAACUUUUGGAUAAAGAGAGUUCAUCAGGGGCUUCUAAGCCUAUCACCUUAAGUUUUGGAGAGCCUGAAAGAGAAGCACCCACUCGCAGCCGAGAUCGAGGAUGAGAGCCUUCUGCAUGGCCCAAUCGAUCACAUUCCGCCGAAUGUUUUCGAUUUAAUCGGGGAAGAAAUUAUCUAUAAUGCCGCCAUGAAAACAAAGGGUUCUGCGGGUCUGUCCGGAAUGGAUGCGGAACUGUAUCAAAGAAUCCUUUGCUCCAAGAACUUCAAGACUGAGGGCAAGAUCUUGAGAGAAGAAUUAGCAAUUCUCACCAGAAAUCUAUUGAAGACGAGUUACCAUCCAUCCCUACUUGAAGGUUACACCUCCUGCAGAUUCAUCCCACUAGACAAGAAUCCGGGAAUUCGACCAAUCGGAGUAGGCGAGGUUUUGAGGCGUAUUAUUGGUAAAACAGUUACCACCUUCCUAAAGGAGGAAAUCCAGGAAGCAGCAGGCCCCCUUCAAGUUAGCGCUGCACACAGUGCAGGGGCUGAGGCUGCCAUACACACCAUGAGCCAAGUUUUUGCACAGGAGGGGACAGAUGGGAUAUUACUGAUUGAUCCAGCAAUGCAUUCAACCGAAUGAACAGGUCUGUAGCUAUGCACAACAUUCGCAUAAUCUGUAAAGAAAUGUCUAUAUAUAUUAUAAAUUCGUAUAGGGGUCCAUCCAGGCUAUUUAUAUCCGGCGGUGGCGAGAUAUUGUCACAAGAGGGAACCACACAAGGUGAUCCCCUGGCUAUGCCCUGGUAUUCGGUUACUACAUCCAGCAUGAUCCAGAGCUUGAGGAUACAAACCCCAGAAGUUAAGCAGGUAUGGUUGGCUGAUGACUCAGCUGGGGGAGGAAAGCUGGUGCCAUUGUAUGAUUGGUACAAGCAGUUGACUCUCGAACGAACGAAGUAUGGCUAUUUCGUCAAUGGAUCAAAAAGUUGGUUGAUUGUCAAGUCGGAGCUCUUAGCAGAGGAAGCUAAGAAGGUGUUUGGGGAGGAAGUGAAUGUUACAACAGAAGGUCAUAGCCACCUUGGAGCCGUUAUUGGAUCCAAAGAUUACAAAGACCAGUACUGUGGUGAUAAAGUCCUCAAAUGGAAGAAAGAAAUUGAAGCACUCUCUGAAAUUGCGAAGAAUCAACCCCAUGCAUCAUAUAUUGCCUUUACAAAGAGUUACAAAUCUAAAUUUACAUACUUCAUGCGGACAAUUGAAUCAUUUGAAGAAUAUGUAGAUCCAAUCCAUGAAGCGAUUGAUGAUUUGUUUCUUCCAACACUCUUUGGGCAAGUAGAACCGCUCCCCGGUGAGCUACGUCAGCUUUUCACGUUGACACCAGCGCAAGGCGGCCUUGGUAUACCAGACUUGAGAAUAGAUGCCCCACAGCAGUAUGCUGCAUCAACAUCUAUAACAACUUCGCAUGUUGAAUCCAUCGUCACACAAAGGCCCUUCAAGACGAAAGGUGACGUAUCUGCAGAAGAUCGUAAAAUUUACCACCAGUCACUUAAAACGACUUCCGUCAAAGCAAGAAUGGAAACUAUUGACUCUUCUCUGUCUAAUGAGCUUAUGUGUUUGGUAAACCAGUCGAGAGAUAAGGGAGCGAGCUCAUGGCUUAACACAAUACCCCUUGAAGAGCAAGGGCUAGCCAUGAAUAAACAAGAAUUCAGAGACUCCCUACGAUUGCGGUACAACAUACCUCUGCAGGAUUUACCAAGCUUCUGUGUAUGUGGAGAGAGAUUUACAAUUAACCACGCCCUUUCGUGUAAGAAGGGUGGGUUUGUAGCCCAGAGGCACGACGGUAUUCGAGAUUUUCUAACUUUGCUUACUAGCAAGGUAUGCAAGAAUGUGGAAUCAGAGCCUCGUCUUCAACCGCUGGAUAACGAACAAUUCCGCCACAGAACUGCUGUCACUAGUCCGGAGGCAAGAUUGGACAUAAAGGCAGGAGGCUUCUGGCAACGAGUGACAGCAUUUUUUCAUGUUAGAAUAAUGCAUGUCAACUCCAAGUGUAACCAGAACAAGCCUACGACUACCAUCUUUAAAGAGCACGAGAACGAGAAGAAGAGAAAAUAUCAACAGCGAGUGCUAGAUGUCGAAAUGGGUACGUUCACACCUUUGGUUCUUGGUACCAACGGUGGUAUGGGAACAGAAUGCCAAAUGCUUCUGAAGCACCUUGCUGAUAAGCUUUCACGAAGGGACGGGGAACCUUACCACGCAGUCAUUUCAUGGAUUAGAACACGCUUAUCUUUUGAGAUUUUAAGAUCGGUGAACACUUGUGUCAGGGGAUCUAGAAGGCCCUUUAAGAACGCAAAUGACUUCAUAGAUGAUUUUAAUGUAAAUGCUAAUGCAGCAGAAAUUUUUUAGAUACUUUUAUAAUGGACUAUUUAUAUGGAUAAUUUUCUUUUUUAACUAUACAAUUGACAUAUUUUAGUAAAGUUCAGGUUGCAUGAUACUGUAAAUUACGUUUAGAUAUUAGAUAUACUUAUAACAUUUAUUAAAAAGUUAUCGUAAAUUGUUUUGAGUGUUGAUUAUUGUAUUGUAAAACGUCCUGCCUAAACAAUCUGCAUUAAAUAGAAAUUAUGUAAAUUAUGUAAAUUAUGAAAUUCCAAUAUGAUACUUCAAUUGGCAAGUUAAACUGACAUGCAAAGUUUCAGACAGUAAAUCGAUGUCGAAGUUUGUCUUUUACACUACAUGUACCGUCAAAAUACAGUGUUUCUACACCCCUAUGACGAAAUCGACCCCAAUUUCACACAUCGCAUACUUCUAUUUGUUCGACUGACCUGAAAUUUCAGUAUGAUACUUCAAUUGGCAAGUUAAACUGACGUGCAAAGUUUCAGACAGUAAAUCGAUGUCGAAGUUUGUCUUUUACACUACAUGUACCGUCAAAAUACAGUGUUUCUACAUCCCUAUGACAAAAUCGACCCCAAUUUCACACAUUGCAUACUUCUAUUUGUUCGACUGACCUGAAAUUUAAGAAUACUCACGUUUUAAAGAUAGAAGCUUGAAAAUAACACUAUACGUGUUAUUUUUAACUGCUUCAUUCAUCAAGAAUACAAGAAUGAGCAUACGUCUCAAGGGGCCGAAGUUAUGUUCGGCGAAAGGUAUGUCUAUGUUUAUAAUUUGUUAGUAAUAUUGCAUAAUUUGAUCAUAUAUAAGCCCGUUUGACUUUCAAAGCUUAUCAAUCGCUACAAUGUAGCCACUGACUAAAACUAUCGUUAUAAACUAGUAUAUAUUUUUACACUGAAUCGAAUGGUGGUAUUUUCAUCUACAUAACGUUUACUGAACCGAACAUAUGAAUGAAACAGACUUAGUAUGUGCACGUACUAACUUUAAUGGCCGUGCUUUAAAAGAGUUAAACUGACAUGCAAAGUUUCAGACAGUAAAUCGAUGUCGAAGUUUGUCUUUUACACUACAUGUACCGUCGAAAUACAGUGUUUCUACACCCCUAUAACGAAAUCGACCCCAAUUUCACAGACGCGCAUGCUUCUAUGAAUAUCAUAAAUAAAUGUAACAAAUAAAGAGCACCACACACAAUACGAUGGGGGUAUUUUUGUUUCAGUUGUGAAAGCUAGGUCUUAGAUAGCAAAUGUGUUGUGUACACCUAAAACUGAUAAUUUGUCAUGCAGCCAGCAUUGAAAGUUCAUUUAAAAUUCGUUGAAAGUUCAUUCAAGAGCAAUUAAAAUCCUUUUUCAGCAGAUAAUUUUAAGAAAUGUAAAACGAAAUUAAACUAACUCUGAAUAUCAUUAUCUUGCAAACUUGAGUUGUUAAAAUAACAUUAUAACAAGAUACAAAAUUCUGGUGAUAUUUCGACUUUAUUGUCGGAAGUCAAACCAAUUUUGUGUCUUGUUAUUUUUAACAGUUUACAAGAUAACAUUGGGAGUUUGUUUCGGAGAACAGCAAUUUAUAGCAUUUUCCCAUUUUUUGCCUUACCCAGAUUGGCACGGCUUUUACUUGCCUUUUAGAAAAUUACAAACAAAAUUUUGAUGUUAGGACCACAAAUAUGUAUGUUAUGAUGAACUUGUAAAAUAUAUCUUUAAAAACCAUCUAUAACGUUUUAAAUAUAUUCUUGUGUACGUGGAAGCCCAAUUUCCAAUAAUGCAAAUUAAAUUGGUGUCUCUCCUCGAGAUUCUAGAGAGCAAAUGGUUGCUUAUUUUAAUCAAUCAAAUAUCAAUGCAGUGAGCAGAUCUAAACAUUCUACAUGCCAACUUUCGCUUGACAAAUGUAUUUUAAUAACAAUAGUUAAUAAAAUAUACUAGUUAUUCUAUACAAUAUAAAAAUCUGAAACAUCCGUAAAAGUUCCUAUACACUGUUGAAAUACUAAUUAACAAAUCCUACAUAUAGGGCGAUUUCCACUCAAUUACCCGACCGAUGAGACCAAAUUUUUGUCUGUGUAUUUGAUUUGAAGGAUCCUAAUCGCAAAUGUUUUGUGUUUCAUGAUCAAUCUGACCAGUCUCAACAUGAUAAUAGCCAUGCAAUUGAAAUUCAUAUUAGGGAGUAGGGAAGGGAAACUAUGUCUGGGAAAACCCGUCUGAAUAUGAAUUUUGGGAUGGAUAAUUUUAGAAAGAAGGCGAGUUUCUCAUCUGGAUGGUAUACCCGUCUAACUUUAUCGUCUGUUUGGACAGGUAAAGUUAGACGGUAAAGUUCGGACGGAAAAUAUGUCUGCCCCCCGAUAUAUAUUAGAUGAGUUUCCCAUCCCUAAUAUGAAUUUGGCCAAUGAAAGCUCCCUUAGAUAUACACGAACAAAUUCCUAGAAUACGAUUUAGCUAUGAUAAAUGCACUAAGAAUGGACACCAAUGGCGUAGCCAGGAAAAAAUAGAGAAAAAAUUGUGAUGAGGGUUUCCAAGCAUAGAUAUCUUAUAUACACUAGAUAGUGCAUCUAAUUAUUCUGCAAUUUAAAAAUUGAAGCCGUGAUUGCAGUCUCAUGUCGUUCCCAUAAAUGAGAAGAUUCGUAUGUUUUCUAUUUCUUAAACAGGGAACUUAAACAUUAAGUUAACCCUAUUCCAAAUACGUUUUUAAACUAUUCAAAUGAUGAAAGUUAUUGUUGUUUUAAAGUGUUUAUUAGCAAGUGGGAACGACCAACAUGGCCGCCAUCUAUUCAAAUGGGGGAAACCGCUGGAAUAUUCUUGGCUUCAAUUUUACUAAAAGAGAUGUGCUAUCUAGUGUAUAUAAGAUAUCUAUGCUUCCAAGCUAACUUUAACUAAUUGGAGAAAGAGAAUAUUGGUUAUUCUUUCGAAUAAGCUGUCUCAACAUUGUACGUGGUACAGCAUAAAAUGAGUCUUUGAAAAAUAUAAGUUCUCUUUCAGAUCCCUGUUUCCACAUGGGAAUGGCGCGAGGUAAUUAUCCUGAGCCCAGGUCAACAAAAUGCAUUUAUGGGUAUCGGGUCUAUUUGACCGUGCACACUUGUGAGAGGCACGGAUUUGCCAACGGCGACACACUUCCCGUUGUCAUCCAGAACCAAAGCGUCUAGUAAAUGAUAAAAAAUAGUAACACAGUCAGUAAUAGAGCAGCUAUAAAACCACACCAUCUUGGACUCAAUAGCGAUAUUCAGAUUUGAUUUCCACUAGUUAACACUACCGCUACCAUUAAGAGAACAUUAACCAAUCGGAUACAUUAAAUCUAGCCGAUUAACCAAUCACAUGCGCAAAAGGUCAGCGGAAGGUAGCGGUAGUUAAAUCUGAACCUUGCUAUAAUAUUUGAAAUAAGAAGAGUUCGAGACUCAUAUUGAACUCAAGGUGAAACAUGAAACACUAAAACGUGUAUUGACGAUUACGCGAUCAAUUUACAAUGGGUACUUGCUGAUACCCACAACUUUGACCAGUUCAACAACUAUGGAACAACAACACUUAUAAAAAACAUACAUAAUUAAGUACUAUAUAACUACACAGCUAGUCUGUCAAAAAACAAUACCUAAACACAUCUUUAUCAAGGAAAAUAAAGCCAACAUUUGUAAGAUACAAUAUGUACAGUACCUGUAGGUAACUUGAUUGUUGUAUUCAAUGAAGCACUAUCUGUAGUGGUGGGCCCUGUGGUAGGUGAGGAAGAAAGACUAGUGGAAAGAGGUGGAUCAAUGAAAGGAGGAUGAGAAAAGGACGAAGGUCUAGAAGUGACCGAGGAAGAUAAGGACGAAGGUUGAGAAGUGACAGAAGAAGAUAGGACAAAGGUCCAGAAUUUAUUGAAGAAGAUAAGGAUGAAGGUCCAGAAGUGGCCAUAGAUGAAGAUAUAGACGUAACAUGGAAUAUGGAAGUGGCAAAAGGAAUAGGAGUAACAGGGGAAGGAAUAGAUACAGCAGGGGACAUAUAUUGUGAUGGAGGUUCUUCUUUACCUAGAGUAGGCCUUUUAGGGUCUGACUUUUUGUUCGCUAUAAAAGACAAAUGAAUUCCAGAAUAAGAAGCUUCUAACAAGACUAACAUACUUCUUAUUUUUGAGCGCUAACUACAGGUACAGGUUAUAUGAUUCUGUAUACAUUUUAAUACAUCACAUUAUUCAGGGAAUACUAAUUACCAACAUAAUAAUUAAUAUACAUAAAAAUAUUACUCGACUGUGAUUGAUUGGUUUCAGUGCAUUUAAUCCCAAACAGUAGUGCAGGAAUCUGUAAUCACAGUGCAAUUUUGUGUAAUCACAGUUCAAUUUUGUGUAAUCACUAUGAACCAAUCAAAAUUGAGCUUUGUUUGGGGGAAAAAGUAAAAAUUUGGGGUUCAAGAAGAACUGUUUGAAAGAAGUUUUUUGUACCAACUGCUUUGACAGGUGUGUUAUCUGAAGUUUAUGCAUGCAUUUUGACGUAUAGUUAUAAAUAUAUUUGUUCUUAUUUGUUAUUUGUUUACUUGUUCUUUGUCAAGUUCAAAUUUGAUUGUCUCGAAUACUUUUAUGUAAAUUAUUAAUAAGUAAUAGCAUGGUUUCUCGUGAAAUUUGAAAAUAACAUGCACUCGUGAGUUUUUCAAAGACUCAAAUAGCACUCGUCCUUCAGACUCAUGCCAUUUUGAGGUCCUUGAAAAGGGUUUGUAAUAAACAUCAGGGCGAAGUAGCUCAAUGCUAAGCACUGUUUUAGUUCCCUCAAACAUUUCUAGCAAAUUAUAUGAAACUUAGGAUGUACCUAUGCAAAAUCCCCACUGUGAUCACAGAAACUUUAACACCUCCAUAAACCUUCAAUUAUAUGAGCGCUAAAGGAAUGAUGGGAAACAGUCAAAGCUUGCAUAUUAACUUCAUUUGCAUUGUGAGUGCCGUUGAAAAUAUUUCCACAAGCCAAGUGAUAUGCUAAACUUAUUUAAAACUAUGAAGACUAUGAUUAUUCCCUUCAUUUACUUUAGUGCUCAUAUAAUUGUACAUUUGACUACUCAUGUUGAAAAUUUUAAUGGAUUUUUUCAUAAUGAUGUCAAAUGUGGGAUACAAGAUGUUACACUAAGUUUGAUUGGCUCGUCAGUAAUGAAACUUGUUGACGUCUUUAUGAAAAAUGUCUAUUCAUGGUCUAUUGAAAUACAAAAGGUAAUUUCUGAAAAAAAUGCCCAACAAAAAAAAUACAAACAACUUACCUCUGAUAUAUGAGGAAAAGACAUUAAAAACUGCUUUUCCAGUUGGGGAACUUGAUUGGUGCUCAUUAGCCCCAAUAAACUCUUCCCCCAGACCAGAAGUCCCAAAUCUCACAAAACUUGUGCCACGACUAUGUCUAUGACUGGCCAUCACUACAAUAUCUUUAUAACUUUAUUGGGAAUACUAACAAUAAUGCUAAAUAGGUAUUACCCAAAAGGAAACGUGCGAACGGGUCAGAAAAAGCCCAUGCGAGGCACCUCCCUUAUAAACUUUACACAAAAAAUUACAUUACACUAUAAAUUAUAGUUGAGGUUCCAAAUACGUAAAAUGCAUGUAGAUUUUGGAAAAUUUGUACUGAAAAUAAAACUAACUUGGUUUAGAAAACAUAUGACUUGGGCAUGUACACGAAACGAACUUUACUUCAAUCAAAGAACUAUACAUUAUUUUAGUUUCUGUGACAUGGACAGUCUCGAACAAGAGACCAGGUACAUGGCAUGUCUACGUCAAAAACUGAAUUACGUAAAAACGAAUAAGUCUGAUGAAGAAAGUUCUUAAAAGUAAAUAAUGUCACGAAGCUAUUAGGUGAUGCAGUUCUACACACUACAUUCCAUAAAUGAACUGUUCGAUUAAAGUAAGAGUUUUUAAAUGUAGUUGUUCUACAUAACGGCACUUGAAGUAAUAGACUAGGAUUUAAGGUUAGUUGAGAACGAUCAUGACUAACAAAACUAACAUAAUUGCCUAUGUCUAAGUCUACGUAACCGUAUAGUGCCUUAUAAAAGACCAAGUCUUGGAUUUCUCUGUCAUAACAAUUUGGGCGUCCAAAGGCAUCCAUUUUUUGUUCUGGGGGCGUCCCAGUAUGCCUGGACGCCCUUCUGGCUAAAAGCCUGGGAAGUUCACUCAUUUUCCGAAAAUCUUUCAUUGCUAUAGGUGAAUAACUGGGUACCCCAGCUGCACAGGUUCUUAGAUAUUUAGCUAGGAUUUUACAUUUUGGGAGUGUUUCUAAAUUUCCAGGGUGUAUUCGUGUCAAUUACCAGAAUAGCCAAAUGCACGACUCCAGUUAUGCUCUCCAACAAUAUAUAGACUGUGGCUCAACGAAAAUUUAUAUAAAUUUUUAGACCUAUAACCAGGAACAGUUGUGAAAAAUGCAACUAUUGGCCCUAUGGCAGGAGUCGAACUUACUGCCAUGUGAUUUCGGUACAGCGCUCUAAGCAACUGAGCUACAAAGUCCAUUUGUUAGGGGCAAACACUCUUUUUGUUAGGGGGGAUUUAGGUUGCUGACAUCUUUUGUUCUACUAUAUCCCAUCCACAAUGAAAAUUCAACACCCUUGACUAAACAAUGAAAAUACAGCUACUGUAUAGUAGUUACAGUAUUUCAGAUAUUAUCAGAUAAUGCAAAAUAUUAAUGAAAAUAAGUUUUUAGGAUUUUUAGAGCAACUAUUAAGGGGUGGGCUACCAAAAUUGCAGACACCAAAUAUAUGAUUUUCCCAGCCCAUCCCCCUUUUACUUUAUGACCGGUCCCUUAUUGUAAAUUUUUGUCAAUUUUAUAACAUUUGCUUCCUCCGUGUUGUGUGAAGGAUCUUUCCCCCGGAACACCCAUUUUUUCUUUACCAGCGCAAAUGCACAUGCGCUAUUAAGCCCGUAGAUCACAAUGGUGUGACGAUGCUAGGAAGGAGCGACACUGCAGACACUGUUGUUUUCAAAUUAUAAACAUUUUUAUAGACGUGAAUAUUGAGUAAAUCUUUGAGAAUCUACACAAUAUAUAAAAAUUGACAUUAUUACUUAUGCAUUACAGGCAUUCAAUUAAGUACCGAUAUUAUUUUGACUGUAUAUUCAAUUUCAAUAUACAAAGCCAGGAAGCAGCGAGACAGUGUUGUUUUGUCUUUUGAAAUGUAUGAACAUUUCAGGCAUGAAUAUUGAGAAAAUCUUUGAGAUUCUACGCAAUAUACAAAUUGAUGUUUUGCAUCACGGGCAUUCAAUUAAGUGCCGAUAUUAGUUUGACGGUAUAUUCAUUAUAAAGAGCUAGGAAGCAGCGAGACAGUGUUGUUUUCAAAUUUAUAAACAUUUCAGACAUAAAUAUUGAGAGAAUCUUUGCAAACUCAUGUUCAGUGCAACGAGAACUCUACCAGAUCUUACAAGAAUCUAUCUGUAUCAAAGCUUGUCAAAACUGCUAUAAACACUGCUAUAACUGUGAAACUAUUGAAAUCUAAAGUGACAUUAUUGAAUACAUGCGAAAAGCUGAAAAUGACUCAUGAAACAACACAACCUUCAAAAUAAGUCAAAAGUCAAUGAGACUUGUUAUUGUGAACACGUCACAAUUAGAUUAAAAUGCGGAUCCACAGAACGGAUAUGGGGAUAAAAUGCAUCAUUUUAAUGAGUUUUUUCGCCUCUGAUUUACGUUUCUGUUUUAGAUUUAUAAACCCAAAAUGGGUUUUUGAUGAUUCGGAUAGAGCAUAAAAAGUCAAAAAUUUUUAGAACCACUGAGUAUUUUAAUAAAAUACAAAACAAGUGAAACUCCAAAAAUCGAUAACAUUUUUAUUUAUCUACAUUUCGAUUAUAUUUCAGUCAUCAAAAUGUUAUCGAUUUUCACUUGUUUUUUAUUUUAUAAAAAGUUAGUAAGUUCUAGAUUAGUUUUUACGUUAAAAUUUUAGUUUCGGAGAUACUGGGCCUCAAAGUUGCUAUUUAGACAAAAAAAAGUAGUGCAUAGCAGGGGAUUGGAUCCCAGGAACCUAUCUAUUUCACUUUACUAUAAAAUACAUUACAGUUCGAGCAGGCGAAUUGGAAAAACGGCUAUUUUUUAAGCAAAGAGUGUGAAAUGUCCAUUUAAAUUCAUUCUCGAGUGUGUAUAGCAAUGCUUCUGCCCAGUAUGCCAUACAAAAUGGAAGAUGAAUGUCAAGAAAGCAAGAAAUGCGGACUUUGAAGUCGAUCAUGAGGACAGCCAUAUUGAUGACAACACAGACCUGGAGGCCUACUUUGAUGAACCGAUUGCUGAUGAUGUUUGGCUAGAAGACUAUCAUCGAAGGCAGGAAGAAAACAACGAAAGAAUGGCAGAAUUAGAACUUUGUUGGAAUGGAAGCAAGCCUGUAACAUUGUGGUAAUUUUUCACCUUCUUUUGUUGUGAUUUAUAUUUUAAAUAGUAUGUGGUAUAAAAUGUUUUGUCUUCCAUGUAGAAUGUAUAUUAAUAUAUACUGAAGUUGUAUAUUUUUGUGGUUAGGUGCAGUUGUGGCAACUGUAGCAUUGAACUGUUGCAGAAUGCUAAAGAGUGUUGUUGUUGCAAAGAAAUAGAAUUGUGUGAAAUUUUUGGACAACUUUUCUAAGGACUCCAUAUGCUGCAAAGUGAGCAAGACGAACUAACAUGCACAAUCAAUCAUCCCAGUUUUCCAGCUAUUUGCUUAACAGAUGGUCCUUGGAUCUUGCUGCUGACAAUUUUAAAACCUGUGAUGGCCAUUGUUAUAAGCAAAGUGGUUCAAAAGAAAAGUAUAUAAUUUAAUGGCAUACUGCUAUAAUAAAUAGUAACUACCCAGACUUGGGCUUAUGCCAUGUUGUCGGCAAUUAUUCUCCUGACGUAUUCGAAUGAGUGGACUCACAAACAAAUGUGUUAUUAAAGGCCAUGUUACGAGUCACUAAUAUUUCUCUUUGAUCUUGAUGCCAAUCCCUUACCCUACUGUGUGCGUAAUAUGAACUUAGAACGAACAAACCCAUGUGAGUAAUAUGACCAUUAUCAUAUUGGUUUUACAAAGGCAUACCUUGAUAUGUUAUUUGCUCGAUCAGGAAGAGAAAAAUUGCUGACAAAAUUGCUGCCAAGAUGCUCCUCAUGCAUUUUGCAAACUUUCCAAUCAGCCUGUGAAAAGACUAAAAGAGAGCCCACCAAGUCUAUUUAUCUGAUUAGCCUUUUUGAAAUAGACAAUGGCAUAUUCAAGAUUGUUUGAUAGGGUUAAUAUAAGUGCUUGUGGUUUGUAUACCAGAACUAAAGUUUUGAUAUAUUUUCAGACCCAGCCAGGAACAGUUGUAAAAAUGCAACUUAGGUGCUCUGGUUGGAAUUGAAAAAGUUGGUUAGAGCGCUGCACUAAAAUUACAGGGCCGCAUAUUCAAUUCCUGCCAGAGGGCCUACUGUAAGUCACAUUUUCUCAACUGUUCCUGUCUAGGUCUUAUUUCUGUUCGAGUAUUUCAUCAACAAACACCAUUUACCUGUACAAUGAACACACACACACUAUUGUCUAUCUGGUUACAAUAAUAUAAUAUGCAAUUUCAUAUGUAAUGAUCGUAAUUAAAUAUUAUAUUGCCAUUUAGAUUUCUAAGAGUUAUUGCAUACCAGCAAUUUACCCGCAUGGUGCAUGGUCGGUUGAAGGACAAAAGAAUCCCAUUGCAUUCUUGUGCAUAUACUGCUAUACGUUCAACUCAUAAACCCACAGAUGAUGUAUUUACUGGUUAUGAUGAACUGGAAACAGAUGACGAAAGCCAAUGAACAUUGUUUAGUACUGUAUUAAUAGUUUGCUAGAAUGGAUAUAUAAUAUAGAUUUAAAUAAAAAUAUUGUUAAUCCUUUUUGUUUCAUGGACAAUCAACCACAUUUUUGUGGCCUUUCAUCGACUGCUUGCACACAUCUUGCAUUUUUGUGCACUCCUUGGUUUAGGAGGAUGAUUGUCCUGGUUGCCAACUGCAGCAGUAGGAACUAAAAUAAUAGAAUGUCACAAACUUAGGAUGGUCAACCGUCAUUGCAUUAUUCACUGAUUUCAAGUCUAGUUGUUUUAUACCUAAUUUGAAAAAAUACCUGGGUUUGUUGGAGGAACAUCCACAAGUUGCAUUCUAUCCCUUGUAUUCCUUUUUUUUAAUAGCUUCUUCCCUUGACUGCUUGUUAAGCAUAGUAUUCAUAGGAGAUGGUGUUUGUUCCUUCAGUUCAUCUAUUGCAUCAUCCAGUUUUUUGCCCCCAAUAGCAUCUACCAUGGUUUGAUAUAUGUCCUCCACAUAAUCUAUUAAAAACAAAAAUAUGUGUAUUUAUACUGUUUUCAGGGGCGGAUUCAGCGUUUUGGGUGACCGGUUUACUAGGUUCACACAACCAUUAGAGGGGUCCGGCGGUAUGAUCCCCCACGGGAAAUUUUUAAAAUUUGGGCCUCUGAAACAGCAUUUCCUGCGUUCUGGCGUCACUUUUUAAAUGAAUUUAAUGAUUAGAAAAUAUAUCUUUAAAGAGAAUUUUGGACUAACACGCAGCUCAAACGAUGAAUUGAACCUUUUCGGAAACCUAUUAGCUAGUACUGAAAAUAUAGGAUUGGCAACUGAAUUGCUGAUGCAUCAAUAGUUAUUAUAAGUACAAGUAGAGAUGCUUUUAAUAUAAACAUAGUUGUAAUUUUAGAUUAUACGCUUUCGAACCAAAUUUAACAAUGAACUAGAAACCAAACUGCAAGAGCGUGAAUAAAGCUUCACAAAUAAUCACAAUCAUUUCCUGAUUUUCCAACGCAAUGAUUCUGUCACGCAAGAUUAUACGCAUAUUAUCAUAUUUCGCGCUAUCAUGAGUAUAGACUGUAGUUACACGUAUAAACAUCGAUACGUUUGUUUAUGAAUCGAUAUUUACUAUACAGUAAGUAGAAAUAGCUUACUGUUAUAACUUUAGACAAUAUACUUCUCAACAAACCUUCAAAAUGAACAAGAAAUCCAUGUAAAUGCUUCUAUCGCCAACGCAAAGAUUCAGUCACGCAAAAUUAUAAACAUAUUUCGCGCGUCCUCGAGUUCUGUUAACUUUCAUGCCCAGUUUUCUCUAAAUACUGCUCGACUCACAGGUUUAUGACCGGUUUACAUCCGCCGGAGCGCAGCCGUUUAGCCAAUCGAAUGGCGUAUCGACCGGUUUACUCUCAUGGAGAAAACUCUGACCACCGGUUUACUCAUAAUUGCGGGCGGUUAUGUGUGAUUCAUGCAAUGUUUACAAGUCCACGACCCACGACGAUAUAUUAGCAGAUUAUUAGUCUAGUAUUACAACAUUUCGUAAGAGGAAACCAUGCAGGGCGAUAAGUCCUUAUAAUUAUACGCUCGGUAAUCCAUAAUCAAAUUUCAACAACAGUGUUUAUUAAGUGGCGUAAUAGAUUAGACAACAUCAAUUUUAUGAAACAGAAGAUUCUUUAAAUUAGUUAUAUACAUGGAAGGUUUUUUCUCUCUUUGGAAAAUCUGACAGGUUUAUAUAAACCUGUCAAACCUGUCUGAAUCCGGCCCUGGUUUUUCAUCAAAAACAAUUUAAAUGAAUCCUCUCGAUUGUCAAUUGUUUGAUGUUCUAAACUGGCUCUAAACUAUGUAGGAGAGGGGUUCAGGGAAUCUUUGCCACACUGCAUGUAAUUUAAAUGACUAACCAAUCACCUUACCAAAGUUUUGCUUCACUGGAACCUUUCUGACAACUGCUUCUCCAUUCAUGAACUUGGGAUAAACAACAUUGCAUUGUUCAACACCAUUUUUCAUUCUUGUUUCCCGAGAUAGGUUUUGAUUGAAAUGGAUGACCGCUAAUGCAUGCCUGCAACAAAUGACACAUGUAUACUCCUUAUGAUCUAAGGCAUCUUUGACACAAUUUGCACUGGUGGUGGAAGGGUGCACCCCCCUGAAAAAUCUGCACCCCCCCCUCUCAGAUGAGACUGGAAUGUCCCUGUGCAGUAUUCAAAGUGUAUGCCAAACCCCUACAUCAUUACAGUAUCUGUACAAUACAUACCUACAAAACAUUCCUCUGUAAGUGUAGCCAAUCAUCUUGGGAAAGAAUUGAUUCAGCACAGAAUGGAAUCCUUCUAAACAACUCGUUUGUUCGAUUGGGGAAGCUUGCUUUAUUCCUUUUACCAGCCUUUUGUUAGUGAGUGAUUAACACAUUUUUUCAUAUGCAAUAGAAUUUAGGAAAAAUGUCAUAACAAACAUUACCAGCCUACAUGUAGAUGAUCAUAACAAAGGGGGCAGAGGAGCAAUCAUGUUUUGUUUUAUUUUGAAUAAACAAUCGAAUGACUUACCUUGUUAUCUAAAUAUCAUCUUUUGCAAUUAAUUGAAUUCAUCCAUCAAUUAAUUCCACUUAAUUCAAGAUAUAAAAACAUCACAAUGUAUAGUUUAUAUAUUUUCAUAUUCGAAAAGUUUUGUUUUAGACUCGUGUAUAACCGCAACCCACUACACUGCAGGCUUGCAUUGCCCGAAUCGCAAACGAAGUUCGCAAACGAAGUUUGCUUUGGGAAACGAUGUGCACCUCAGGGAGGGACGAAAGAAAAUUGAGAAAGGGAAGAAACUUCCAAUAUUGCAUCGUUGCAUUGUGCACCGCAACAACUAGUGAUGGAAGUGACGUACAGGAGGUGAUUCCACUUAAAUUCUGUUGCUAAUUAUAUUCUGUUUUUUUUAAAAUAAAAACAACAGGUGUGGAGGGAAAUUUAAAUAUUUAUAUUGUAGAAUGGACAGAUCUAUUCUUAAACGACACACAUCCCAUAUAGAAAUAAACAAUAAAUCUAAUAAAAAACCAAAGUUGUACAACAGAAAAAAACAUGUUAUUGUUUCAAUUUGGUAAAGACGUUUGAAAAUAACUGAACACUAUAAUAUUAAUUUAAACCCGUAUAAAAACAUAUUUUUUGCUUAGUCUAAAUAUAUAAUAGCUAAAUAUAUACUGCUAAUUUGAUAUACCUUAAUAUAGUAUGUUUCUAUAAGAAAAAAAUAUACUGUAUUUGCAGGCUUCGAAUAAAUUACUGAACAGAUGCAGACAGUACUCAAUCAUUUGUGACACUUCAAAAUAUUCUUCAAGAAUACAAUAAUAAUUGGUCUGAAAAAGAAAACUGCGACCUGCAUGUAGUUGAAUUAGGGAAAAUUUUGGCAGAGGUUUUCCCAAAUUUGAAUAAAUUCCAAAAAAGAAUAAACGGGACGAGAACGUGGGUAUACUCGCUUGUUAAAAACAAUGGAGUGAUGAUUCUAUUCAAUGGGAAAACCUACCGGAUUUUAUUACGGCUGAAUUUGGUUGCUUAUUGGGAAAUCAAACUAUUGAUUUGUGAUAUUUGAUUGUAAAACUGCGUAAAACCACUUCCUGUCAUGCACAAUUCAACUCUUCGUCAUUUCUGUCACUACUUGUUGCGGUGCACAUCAUACAAAAAUAGCGAAAUAUGUACCAGCAUUUUAUUCGUUAUAUUUGUAGGUCUAACUACCAUUUUCCCAGAUUUUUUAGUUAAAUAUUGAGACUAUAUCCUUUCUAUGUUGUGUGCAUAAUAUGGUGUGUUUCUGUAGAAUUUUAAUUAUGCGAAUUAUGAUGUUUUGAAAGUGACGUCCGAAUUCUAAAUUUGGAAGUUUCGUCCCUUUCAUUAUAUUUAGCUUGUAAACAAUCUAGCGAAAGCGUUCGUGCCUGCAGUAAUUUGGCGUGCCGUCAAUGUGCAAGUUGCAUUACUUCAUUUAACUUCAACCAAUAUAAUAUAGUAGUUAUUUAAUGAUAUUUUUGCCUUUUUUGUGCUGCAAAAAAUUUAUUUUUUAAAUAACAAGGUCAGUUCCUCAGCCUCCUGUGUCAGAAUGGUUGAGAUAAAACAGUGCAAAAUGUGUGCAGGUGUAGUACCUUUAUCCAGGGGUACCGGAGCCACAGGGGCAGCGCAGGGUCAACUGGUUGCCCCUUUUUGUGACAACAAAAGGAUUAAGUCAUUAACUAAUAAGUUUAAAUAUGUUUGAAGCGAAACCAGGAUUAUUCAUAAUAAGUUUUUAGACGUUCUCUGGUUUUUAAAUAUUUAUUAUUACGAGCUUUCGACUGCCAGUCUGCAGUCUUCAACGGGUGGAUUACAAUGAAAGUAAUGUCAUUGUAAUCCACAAUAAAAAAUGAACACUAUAAUAUUAAUUGAACACUGAACUGAACACUAUAAUAUUAAUUUAAACCCGUAUAAAAACAUAUUUUUUUGCUUAGUCUAAAUAUAUAAUAGCUAAAUAUAUACUGCUAAUUUGAUAUACCUUAAUAUAGUAUGUUUCUAUAAGAAAAAAAUAUACUGUAUUUGCAGGCUUCGAAUAAACAAUAACAUGUUUUUCAUUGUAAUCCACCCGUUGAAGACUGCAGACUGGCAGUCGAAAGCUCGUAAUAAUAAAUAUUUAAAAACAAAAAAAAGUCUAAAAACUUAUUAUAACUAAUAAGUUAUUAAAUAAGUUAUCAUUGUUGACUUGUCAUAUGUAUAAGUAUAUAUUAUGACCACGUUCAUUUCAUGGUUCAUUUACGCAUUACCCGGGCUAUGUUGAUCGCCUUGUUAGUUAUAUAAGCCUUCUACAUUUUUCUAAUUUCUUCACACACCUAAAUUUCUGUAGUUGAUUAGCGCAGUCAUCCUCUGGCACUACAAUAACACAUUCGUGAUAAGUCUUGCUCUGUUCUACAUGGUUUUUAAAGCAUUCCAGCUAGGGACAUAGCCAGGACUAGCAAUGUAUCUGUCCACAAAUGCUCGACCAGGUCUGCCCUCUGCCCCCGCCCAAAAAAAAAUGUUUCUCUUGAAAUAAGUUUGAAAUAAGAUCUUUAUCUUCUAAAAACAUAAUUCUUAGCAAUCAAAAAACAUAUGCAAAACUACACUCAAAACUGAAGAGCAAACAGCUUGGUUACCUCACUAACAUACUGCCAAAGUUAUUCGAUCUUAAAAUCAGCCUAAAAUACUUAUAUAUUUCAAAUACAAAGGAUAUAUAUUUCAAAUACAAAGGAAAUUGUAGCUUGUUUGUUUGUGGAUGUAUGUGCAGGGAUGUGCAGUGACUGUUUAAUGUGACAUAUUAUAGCAAAAUUUAAGCUUAUACGGUUGUACUAAUUACUACAUGUUUCCAGCUUCUUGUGAUUUUCCAUCCAAGAUAUGCAAGCUCUUUAUGUUUAGUUUUUAACUUUUUAGUUUGUUUAACUUCUUUGCCUCUACUAUAAAUAAUUAGAAGCACUGAACUGUGAUAGCUAACUCACUUUUUUUUCGUUGGGAUAUACGUUGGCAUAUGCAAGCAAACAAGGAUUACAUAUUAGAGUUGUCGGUUUUAUAGUGCAGUGUUACAAUCGGUUAUUAUCGGUUUAUUAUUCCUUGAUCUUAUUAUAUAUCAAUUUAGUUUACUCUACAUUAUUGUGCGAGUAUAUUUGCAUCAACUGUAUUUGUGUUAGCUUGCUAUUGUAACAAUAUUUUGCGCUCUUUCUGUUUUGCCUUGCACAAUGUUUGUGACCUACAUGUUAUUAUCUUCAUAAUCUAUUCAUAAUCUAUUAAAAAUCUAUUAAAAAUCUGAUCUUGUAUAGAAAUAUUUGGCUGCAAACUGUGAGACUUCAUUAGCUACCAAAAUAUUCCACCCAUAUACUUAAAACUUUCACUGUUUUUUGUAUUUUAUGUGAUGUUUAUUAAUUCUCAAAAUUAUGUCAAAUCUCUGCCCAAAAUGCAUGAAAUGGCAUUUCAGAGACUCUAGAUAUCAAAUUUCCCGGGAGGGAUGCCCCUGGACGCUGUAAGAGGUUUCGCGCCUUCGGCGAUCGAGUGCCCUUUUCAAGAUUCUGCCCCCGCCGCUUGUCAGUCCCUUCCGGCACCCCUGCCUUUAUCUAACCAUUUUUGUGGCUCAAUUAUCUCUCUAUGCCCACAUUUGUUGAACAGCGGAUUGCCCAAAUUUUCAUGUUCAUCAACCACAUGACUUAGGAAUGAUGAGAACUUAGCCCGAAUAACUUCACUAUUUCCAUCAUGUGUGGCUCUUGCACUCCAGUACAAGUGGUUUGUACAAGACUUUCAAAUAUCAAUAUCUACUAUCAAAUAUCAACUUUUUACACGACCAAAAAUGAAACAUCUUUUUACAUUAAUUAAACUUUAAUUUAAAUGUGUGCUGCCAUAUUUCUUGUCCCUCCAACAAGGGAUUCAUGCAACUAGACCCAGGACUUUGGGAAAUAGCUGAUUAAAUAUACAAAUUCUCUUCUAUCAUAUUUAUAUUUGUUAAUUAAUUUGUUAUUGUUAUAUCCAGUAAGUGGAAACACGAGCCGGUAAGUGGAAACACUAGAGAACUCCCGCUCUCUUAGAUCGGCGUAUUGUGAAGUGUUGUGUUAUAAUUAAACUGUUAUCAAAUAGACUGUUCAUAUGGCGACGAGGAUGAGAUCAUAAGCUAAAAAUAAUAUAUCGAAACCAACCAAGGAAGCAGGCUUACAACACGGCCACAGCGACAUCAUUUCCUCAUCUUUACGAGGUAGGAUAAGCGAAUUAUUUCAACAGAUACGACGAUACGGAAUAGGGGACGCCAUCUUGUUUGAAAAUUAUACAGGAAAACACAGAUUAUAAUCUCAGCAGAUAAACGGGGCAACAUCACAGUACAAAUGGCCACAGCAAUAUUAACAAGCAUUAAAGCGUGUGUGCCAGAAUUUAAACCAGAGGAAUUAUCGGAUACGGGCAAAAACGUAGAUCGACGAUGGAAAGAAUGGCUGGAAAACCUUGAACUAGUGCUAGACUUUGAAGGCGUAACUGACCCUGCGGAGGGAGCAUCGAAAAGGAGGGCAGCACUGCUCACAGUAGGAGGACAAACCCUCAGGGAGAUUUUUUCCACCCUUACAGUCGAGGGGGAUACUUACAAGGCCGCAAAGGACGCUCUCACAGCACACUUCUCACCAAAAAAGAAUUUGACAGCGGAUCGAUACCGAUUUUUUUGCACCAAGCCCACAUCACCAGAGGAAACUCAUGACCACUGGAUAACCAGACUCCGAACAAAAGGUAAAGACUGUGAAUUUGAGAACAUGACAUUAGAUGAAGCAAUUAAGCUAGUGGUCACCCUACACACUCCGUCAGACAAACUCCAACGAGACAUUAUAGCAAAGGAUAUGGAUUUGAAAACACUCAUAGACAGUGCCAGAGCUUUAGAGCUCACACAAAGGGAGGUGACCUUCAUGAAGCAAAAUACUCUAGAACCUGUAGAGCCAGCGGUAAAUGCAGUGUCAAAGAGAAGCCAUGAGACAAAAGGGGGUUACACACAAACAUCUCAAGAAGAAACACACGACCGACAAAUACACAGAAACAAAGGCACGUUGGUAGUUUGUAAAUAUUGUGGUCAACAAACACCCCACAAGGGAAGGUGCAAGGCACGCGGGGCCACCUGCAAUAAAUGCAAGAAGAAAGGACAUUUCGCAGUAGUCUGUCAAUCCAAAACAUACAAAGCAUAUAAACCGAUAGAACAGCUCCAAGAAGAGGGUAGUGACAACGAAGAUCCCCAGGUUUCAUACAAGUUUGACCAAUUGACAUGGAAACUUGACCAAGUGACCGCGGACACAAAAGCAAUGUCACAACCAUCAGAAUACAGCACCACGGUAACAAUUAGAGUACAAGACCAACGGCUAAAAGUACAAGUGGACUCGGGUGCAGAAGUCAACGUUAUGGAUUACAAAACAUACAAAACAUUGCACAAACGGCCCCCACUGAGAAAUUCCGGGGCAAAAUUGAAACCAUAUGGAUCAAAGCCGUUGCCAGUAAAAGGAUGCUUCAAAACGAAAGUUCGAGCGAAUGGGCAGGAGGUGAAUGCAACAUUCUAUGUGACAGAGAAACCAACAUCAACUCCAAUUAUGGGCAAGUACACAGCUUUUGAUCUAGACAUUUUGAAAAUCAGUGUAAAUGAACUUCUACAAGUACAACAACCCGAAAGGGAAUUGAGCAACCCAUUGCCCGAAAAGGUGACCAAACAACAAGGGACCCAUAUGGCAUACUCAAACAUGGCGAAGCAGUUGACACCUUUAUCCAAAGUCACAGACUUUGUCACACAACUCCAUCAACAGAAAUCUACCGGCGAAUCACCAGUGUCGCAAAUAGUAAAAAAACACCCCAAAGUGUUCCAAGGCAUUGGAAAGCACAAAUAUCGUCAAGUGGAGUUAAUAAUUGAUGACUCGGUCCAACCAAAGGUUCAGGCGCAACGUAGAAUUCCAUUCCCAAAGAGACAGCAAUUUGAAGAAAUCAUUCAGGAGCUCGAGGAGGCUGACAUCAUAGAACAAGUAGAAGGUCCAACGGAGUGGAUAUCCAACGUAGUGCUGACCCCGAAAGCAGAUCCAUCACAGCUUCGAAUGAAUAUUGAUAUGACAACCGCAAACACUGCAAUAAAACGCACAAGACACGUGAUACCAACACUAGAGGAACUGAGGUAUAAACUGAAUGGUGCCACCCACUUCACUAAACUGGACAUGAAACAGGGAUACAUGCAACUGGAGCUAAAACAGGAGUCGAGAUAUAUGACAACAUUCUAUACUCAUCGCGGACUUCGACGUUUUAAACGAUUGAACUUUGGAACGAACUCAGCAGCAGAAUUAUUUCACGAAGAGAUUUCGCAAUGUCUGAUAGACAUAGACAAUGCAGAUAACCUGUAUGAUGAUAUCAUUGUGUACGGAAAGACACAACAGGAGCACAACAUAGCUCUUGCACAAGUCUUACAGAGAUUCGAAGACUGUGGAUUGACAUUGGGACUACCCAAAUGCAAGUUUGACCAGCCAGAAAUUGAAUUUUUUGGGAUGAAAUUCUCAGCAGCAGGCAUGUCACCAACGGCAGACAAGGUAAAAGCCCUAAUCGAAGCUCCAGCGCCCACAUCAGUUGCAGAGGUCCGUUCAUUCCUUGGGAUGGCCAACUUCAUACAACACUACUCGGAAACCACCGCACCGCUACGGCACCUAACGAAGAAAAAUGCCCGGUUUCAGUGGACGAAGGAAUGCCAGAAAGCUUUCGAGACCUUGAAACAAGCAAUGGCGAGCCCUCAAGUUAUGUCAUAUUAUGAUCCCACCAGACCAACAGAACUCAUUGUCGAUGCCUCUAAAUAUGGACUAGCCAGCAUGCUCACUCAGCUCGACCCCAAAACAGGGCAAUACAAGGUAGUUCGGUAUGACAGCAGGUCCACCACACAGCCUGAAUCCAGGUAUGCUCAAAUAGAGCUCGAGAGCGCAGCAGUCGAAUUUGCGAUCAGAAGAAACCACAUUUAUCUCUAUGGUCUACCAGAAUUCAGCGUUAUCACAGACCACAAGCCAUUACUACCGCUUUACAACAGCUACCGAGCAGACAUGCCCCCAAGAAUACACAGGCACAAGCUCAAUCUACAAGGAUAUACCUUCAACUUAAAACAUAAACCCGGGAAAGACAACCCAACCGACUACAUGUCCCGACAUCCUACCCAAAUACCAGAUUCCAGGGAACAAAAAGAACAACAAGAGGCACAGUUGAUCAAUCAUCACAUAAAGGCCAUCAUCCGAGACGACCUACCUGUGGCCGUGACACUAGAACAAAUGAAGACUGCCACAGGAAAAGAUCCAACAAUGCAACGCCUCAUCCAAGCCAUUCAAACAGGAUACAUCAGCAACCCAGACAAACAAGAGCUAAUGCCAUACUCACAUGUUUUUAAGGAACUAUCAACAGUGGAAGGACUGGUACUAAGAGGAAGUAAAAUGGUAGUCCCGGAAAGUCUAAGGAACCAAGUGGUCACACUGGCACACGAGGGCCACCAGGGAAUUGUCAGAACGAAACAAUUUCUCAGAGCAACGACAUGGUUCCCAGGAAUGGACAAACGUGUGGAGAAGGAAAUCGCGCACUGCAUGCCAUGUCAGAUCACAGUGAAAACACCACAACAGGAACCACUAAAACCUACAGUGCUACCUGGUGAGCCAUGGGACGUGCUGGCAACAGAUCUCCAUGGACCCCUUCCAACAGGGGAAUAUCUUCUGGUCGUCCAAUGUCUAUACUCGAGAUAUCCAGCGGUAGAAAUAGUUCGAUCCACCUCAGCGGAUACCUGCAUACCUGUUCUUGACAAGGUACUAUCUCAGUUUGGAAUACCUACACAAAUAACAAGUGACAAUGGGCCACCAUAUAACAGUGAAAAGUUUAGGCAAUAUGCCAAGUACAUGGGUUUUGAACACAAAAAGAAAAUACCAUAUGCCCCGUGGGCAAAUGGCACCGCGGAGAACUUCAUGAAAAACCUAGGAAAACUUAUCGAAACAGCGCAAGAGGAAAAAUUAAACUGGCGCCAAGAACUCCACAAAUUUCUGCGUGCAUAUCGAGCCACUCCACAUCCAAUGACAAAGAAAUCGCCAGCUUCUCUCCUGUUUAAUGGGAGAAAAUACAAAACAAGACUACCGACACCCACCAGCAAAACCAUACUGGUUUACGACAAGGAAGUCAGGAAGAACGACCAGAUCAGCAAAAGAAAUAUGAAACUGCGAGCAGACAGCAAGAAGCAUGUCAAAACAAGCGAGAUCAAGGUCGGAGACAAAGUGCUAUGUCAACAAAAACGAGGGAGAAAACACACCCCCGCCUACAGCAAUGAAAUAAUUUCACAAAUUAAAUGUUGAUUGUUGGUUUUACCAUACUGUGUGGGCUUUCCUUUCAUUUUUCAAGUCUCUACCCCCCCCUGUCACGUCCCUGUUGCUAAACCACGCGAGAUUUGUACGGAAUGUUUUGAAAGACUCGUGAGCAAAAUUUUACAUGGUGAUAAAAUGGCGUAUUUCUUAUAUUUUGUUUAUAUUUUUUAGUUUCCUCCUGUUAUAAAGGGUUAAAUUUAUUAUUAGUGGAAUGGAAAUGGCUUGGAUGGAAGAGUAACAAGGCUGAAUUGCUAACAAGCGACAUGGGAUGACAAAAUGGCGCCGAAUUUGGACAAAGUUGUGGAUUUACUUUGUCGAUGGUUAAACAGGUAUGAUCUACUUGAAACCAAGUUGAAACUUGUUUAAAAUGUUCUUGAUACCAUUAUGUCUGAGAUGAUUUACAUUUUUUGUAGGAUGUCGACGAGAUCGCCGAUAAACAGCGGAGUAAAGUGGAGAACUUGGCCAAAUAUGUCCAUUUGCAGGAGGUAGGCACAUUUCAAAUUAUUAUUUCGGUCAGAAAAUAUUAACUAUUUUACACCAAACCAGUGAUAAUAUAUUUAAAUAAGUACCAUUUAUGUUUCUAUCAAAACGAUUUAGGGAAAAAGGUAAUGUAAGUCCACUGCUGUUUAUCUGAAUUUGCAAGCCACAAAUUGACGUUUAACUAUGAUUAUUGCAUGGCCAUUUUCUUGCGAAAUAUUAGUGCUUGGCAUUUCACACUUACCAAUGACCACCCCCAAAAGUACCAUCUCUGAACCAUAUAAGCACCUCAGAAUAGCCAAAGCUUUUAUGGUUUGGUAGAUAGCAGUAUGGUGAAAGCGUCGUUUUUGGGUGUGGUCAGUUUCGGACGUUUCGCCCCGGAUUGGGGUUCGGGCAGCGUUACCAUGUUGACCGUCAUGGUCAACUUACCCUAAAACAGUUGAGAUUAUCUGUCCUAAAUGAAAUGCAUACAAACUCAUAUACAGGUCCUAGACUAUUUGUCUUUAUGUGAAUAAAUCAGGAAAUAAUUGUUUCAGUUUGUUUCUUACUGCUCAGUCCAUGAACAAUUUCAUUGAACGGUUUUUUGUGGCAAGCCAUAUAUGACUAGCCACUAUGUUAUGAUAAAAAAGUUGUCAGUUUGUCCAGUCACGUGACAUUUAGCCUGCGUAGCAGGCGUUUAGUGCGGGCGGGUGAAGAAAGGGAAUAUUGUGACUUUCGAGGCAUGUGUUGGUGGUUGGUUUACUUGAUUGAGUUGUGUAUAUAUAUUUAAAGUUUGUUCGUUCAUUUGGGCAAUUUGUGAGAAGCUGUGCCUGUGUAAAGCAAAAUUGACUUGAUAUUCCGCUUCAAAUUUGUCACAGGUAAGCAAACUUUGGUUGAUUUCAGCCAAAUAUUGUAUUUUUCAUGCUUGAAAAUGGGCCAUUGUUGCUUACACUGAUCUUGAAAUAGAUCAGGUUGUAUUUGCGUGAAAGGCAAGGACAGGUGAAAGGCCACGUAUCAAAUGUAUAUCAUUGAUAAAUACUUGAUUUAUAAAAGAAUCCAAGAAUGUUCAAGCUAGUAUAUCAAGUGUAUUAAUAUGAAGUUGAUUGUUUAUGAUCCAUCUGAAUAAAGCCCCAGAAAAGGACUAAUUUUAUUCUGAAUGAAUAGUAUUUGGUACCUCUGCAAGCAAUUUAAUACAAUAAAUCUUUUUGAACAUGCUGACCAAUGACACUAUUAAGAUUGUUUCCAUUAAUUAGAAUUCUAUUUGUAAUUGAUGUAUUCAAACAUCUUUUUUUUGGUUGGUUUAAAAAGAUUUUUUAAAAUAUCAAAUAUUAAAUAUUUUUUUAAGCAAAACAUCAACCUACCUGCAAGAUUGUUUGACAGUUGUACUGUAGUUUGUGUUUGUAAUACUAUACACGCACAAUGACUAGGUAAAAUUGUUAAUCCCCAGCACAAUGGUAAUGGGUAGACCUGGUAUUGUUACCUGCGCGAUGGCAAGGUUCAACUUUCAUAUGUGGCCUUUCACACAAAUACAACCCAAUCUAAGAUCAGUGCGAGCAACAAUGGCCCCUUUUCAAGCGUAAAAAGUACAACAAAAUGUUUCACAAAAAACGACAAAAUAAAUAAUAUUUGGUUGAAAUCGGGUAAAGUUUACUAAUACCUAAACAACAGAAGAAAAUAAUAUUUGGCUGAAAUGAAUUAAAGUUUGCGUUAUGCAUACCUCUGACAAAUUUAAGAUUCUAUGCUAUAAUGUUUAUGUACCAUUAUGAUCGAGACUCUCAAAUGAUGUUGGGGAAAAUCCAGGUCCCAUCAAUAUUAAUGAAAUAGUUGAUCCUACUUUUACAGUUUGUGCAGACUUUAACCCAUUAAGCGCUAGCGCUCUCCCCUUGACAAGUGAAAUCAUCUAGCGUUAGACAGGGUAGAAUAAUUUAGCGUUAGACAGAGUAAAAUAAUAGAGUAGGGUGCAUCAGGGUACAAUGCGACUCAAUGGGAUAAUCACGGAAAUGCGUCGAUGUUUGGAAGUAACACUGCAUGCAAUGGUAAACAAUGUGUUGCAGUGUCGAUCCAUGCGAUUUUAUACAAUGAAAUAAAUUAAAGUCUAUAAUCAUCUGGGACACAACUAUGAAUAGAAUUCUAAUUAAUGGAAAGAACCAUUAUAUUGUCAUUUAAUAGUCGGCAUGUUCGAAGAAAAUUCUUGUUGUUCACACAUGUACCAGAGAUAAGAAAUACUUUUCAUUUAGAGUACAUGCAGUGAGUCCUUUUCUAGGGCUUUGUUAAUGGAUCAUAACAAUCAACCUCAAUGUUACACUUGAACAUUAUUUUAAUCAAGUAUUUGAUAUUGGUAAUUAUAAAUAUCAAUAUUUAUCUAUCUCAGUUUUUAUAUUAUUUUUAUGUUCAUAAUGCGAAUUCUAAUUUUUAUUCCAAAUGCUUGCCACAUGUACGCAGUGCGUACCUAUUUUAAUUUAUUCUCAAACAAAUAUACGUAUAAUCUGUAUUAUGCUGAUCCAAAACCACAGCCAGCCGACAAAUCCGCAAGUUUCUUCAAAUCCGCUUGUAUAUAUCAAUAAUUAAUAUGCUCUACUCAUUAAAACUCUUAUUUGAAUAAUAAUCUGGUUGCUAAGGGAACAUAAGCGUAUGGAGAAGACUUAUUGGCAUUCGUUGUCGAAGCGAUUUGAAUAUUUAGCAAUGGUGCAGCUGUUUUGCAAAUUAAAACCCGGAUGAAAACAUCAGACGAAAUAUAUUAGUCAAAACUAAUGUGAAUCGAAGAAUAAUUGCUUCCAUUGCGUUCCCAAUGUCGUUGUAAGCUCGAGUGAGAAACCUUGAAGAUGUCUCAACAAUCGGGCAACAUGAACGAAUCUAAGAAAGAUCGAAUUAUCUUGAAUGUAGGAGGGAAACGUUUCGAGCCGUAUCAGAGCACGUUAAGAAAUCAACCUGACAUGCCGCUUGCUUGGAUCACAAAUAACAAGGAAAAGUUGGAUUAUGAUCCGGAAACAGGAGAACUGUUCUUUGAUCGACAUCCAAUGGUCUUCACACAAAUCCUUAACUACUUUCAGACGGGGAAACUGCACUGCCCGAGGGGAAUGUGUGGACCUUGCUUCGAAGAUGAAUUGACCUUUUGGGGAAUACAUGAACAGCAGAUGGAAUCGUGUUGUUGGUCGAACUACACAAAUCAUCGCGAAGCUCAGGAGAAUCUUAAAGCGCUUGAUUUUCAACCACAAUACUUUAAACCCGAGUGUGUCGAGGAAGCUAGGAAGGAAAGAGAAGUAAGAUCACAGAGAGAAGAACCAGAUAACUUCUGGGACACUUACAAGCCCAUCAUAUGGGACCUUCUCGAGGAACCGUAUUCCUCAACCAGUGCCAAGGUAAUUAUCAUCUGCCAUAAAUUAUACCUCAAGGCUUACUACAUCAGGCUAGGGUUAAGUAAGAGCCGGACUAACAAGCGAGUUUACAGCAUUUUGUAUGAAACAGGCUAUUAAAUAUUUUUGUACGCGUACUAUUUCCGACAUGUUAUCCACAAUCAGUGCUGGUAAUCCAAGAGAACACUGCGUGUGUAACAUUCAUCCUGCUACAUGAAUUUAUCACAACCUGCAAUCGUUAGUGCAUGGUUUAAUUUUUGGACUAAGGAACCCCAGGCUGAAAUGAAAAGGCCUGACCCCAUUGCUCCGGGGUACAUUGGAUGUCACGUCCUGGCGCCAAAAUAUUUGGUUCUACCUUAGUUUAAGUAUUAACAAAAGGAUAAAAAUAAUGAACCGAACGUUGCAUGGUUGAUCAAAUAUAGAGAUUAUAGCUUAAGCGAUGUGCCGAGAACUUGUAGCAGUUGCUCAAAUGCAACGACCUGAACCUUGACACGUCAUCCUUCGUUGCACAUCAAUAAUUAUGUAUGCGAGAAUAUUUGAACAAGGCUGAACCAGUUAUGAAUUAGGUCUAAUGUUUCGUCGUGACUUCAUUGUUGUGUACAGAAAAUAAUAUUACAAAUUUACAAUUCUACUUGUAUUUUUGAAGUUGCAAUUUCUAGUAUAACCACUUCACAUUUUAAUAUAUCACACUCUGUCACUUGUAGAUUUAUGGAUGGAUCUCCCUAAUAUUUGUUGUAAUAUCGAUAAUCACGGCGAAUUUGUGGACAAUACCUUUAUUCCAAGGUGAGGUUCUCGAUCAUUUACAGAGCCACUUACUACAUGGCUAUUGUGUGCUAAAGUAAGGAUAUAUCUGACGUUGUUAUCAUCUUGUAACAAGGUUGAAUAAGUCUGCAUCGUCUGCACUUCAGACUUGUCGCAACCACCGGGAAGAAACAGUGCGAACACAUUCUGAUAUAACCUGAGUAUCAGGCUCUAUUUUACAAAUAGAGCCUGACACAAAACUUAACCUGAUCGCUUUCCACCCACAGCAAAGUUUAUAUUUAGUAUCCAAUCAAAAUGUCGCAGGAAAAAUUUAAAUUUCAUACAACGACAACAACAAUCUAAUUAUAGCAUAGGCAGCCCACUAAACGGCUGAAUUUAAAUUAAAACUGCAAUGAACUUAUAAAAUUAACAAAAAUAAUCACAAAUUAGCAAAACAUAUUGCAAAUGUAGCUUAUAUUAAAUCGCCACCCGAUUGCUCUCUCCUCCGCAGAGGUUUCAGUGACUAAAAUGAGCUUUUAUACAUGGGCGCUUACCGUAUUUAUCAACAAACUGACAUAUAAUUAUAAAGUAUAUAUAUAUAUUAAGUAUACUUUAUAACUAUACGUCAGUUAGUCGAUAGUGCAAUCUGAUGGCGAUUUAAUAUAAGCUACAUUUGCAAUAUAUUUCGCUAAUUUGCGAUUAUUUUCUAAUUUUACUGCAGUUUUAAUUUAAAUUCAGCCGUUUAGUGGGCCGGCUAUAAUUGUAGUUGUGAUCGUUAUAAAAUAUAUCAACAACAAUAGUAUAAUCUAAUUAAUACCAGCCAAUCAAAUGACAGAUUUAAAAAAUCGUUUGUCUAAUCGGCCAAUCAGACGAAAAAGCCAGAAUCUGGCUUUUUACAUGCGCCGCGGUAAAGAAUUGUAUCAGGCCCUCCUUCAUUCGCCGCCGCCAAUUAAUCCUGGCGAAUGAAAACAUAAGGGCCUGAUACUCAGGUUAAUUCUGAUAUCGUCUUGACAAGUUAUAACUUAAUCAACAACUUUUGAAAAUAAUUUUGAAACAAAUGAUAGCGAAGUUUCGAUGCUACAGCGUGCAGGAUUUUCAAGUUAUGGUAAUUACAUUUGUAUUAUCUGUAUUAUUGAAAUAAAUUUAUGAUUUGGAAAUAAAUAAUUGUUGCUAUUUUUGCUGCUUUGGCUACUGCUGGUUCGGCUGUUACUUGAAUUGUCAGUUCUUGCGUUCUCUGUCGUCACUAUAUAUACUGCUGGGUUUUUUGCAUUGCCAUGUCGAGUUGACAGAGUUGUGUAGUUGUUGUUGAUGACUUGAUUUGGUUUCAUGUUUUUUCUGAUUUGCCGCAGCAGGCCGACGUUGCUAUUAUUUUGGUAUAUUCUACCCAGGGCGUUACCUGGGUGGAGAAGGUGAUGUUGGGGGUGCGACACCCUCCUGAAAACAUCUUGACGAUGUUUACAUUAUUCGUCUAAUCAAAUUUUAUCUGCCACUCUCCCCAUUUGUCUGGACGAAAUUCUCGACAAAUAUUUGGGAUAAUUUGACGCGAAAAUGUUAACUGUUGUCGGCAAAUACAAUACCAUGCCCCUGCUUAGCCUCUUCGCGACGGCCCUGAUUUUACAUGUAGUUAUAAAUUUUAUUCCUUUUUUCUUAGAAGAGAAACGAGGAGUUAAACGUCCAAACCUCUACUUACUAGUCCCUGAAGGAAUCUGCACCGUUUGGUUUUCCUGCGAAUUUAUCUUAAGAUUCGCUUUUUGUCCACAUUUGAAGCCGUUUUUGACCAACGUUCGAAACUGGAUCGAUCUUAUUUCCAUCAUCCCUGCCUAUUUUAUCAUCCUGAAUGCCAGUAGUUUCGUCGUCGAUGUUCUAACCAUCUUCAGAAUUUUCAGAAUAUUCCGCUUCCUAAAACUUCUCUACGACUUGCAAAUCAUUGGAAAAACGUUUAAGGCCAGUUCAAAUCUCUUCCUGGUGCUGCUAUUUGUUUUAAUAGUCCCCGUCCUCGUCUGUUCCAGUGUGUUGUUUUACACCGAGAGUAAUCAUGGCGAUUCGUUUUCGAAGCCGAAAUACAAAAAUAUUCCAGCCUCGCUCUGGUGGGGAAUUAUCACAAUUACCACAGUUGGGUAUGGCGAUCUGUCACCUACAUCCAUACCAGGAAAGAUAUUUGGCAUUUUUUGCGCUCUUUGUGGUGUACUGCUAGUAUCAAUGUCUGCAUCCAUAGCUGGAAGUACCUUUGUUCUUUAUUAUAACCUUGCCAGAGCACAGAUGAAGAUACCUAGAAAUCGACAAAAGUUCAACAUUGAUGUUGAAAGUUUACCAACGAUAAUCAAUCUCAACAAUGUUCCAAGCCAGUCAUCCACCCCUGAGGACAGUGGUUUCGAGCGUUCUUCAGGCUCUGCCAAUUCAGAAGAUAUCAACAUGAGAAAAUGCUCCACAUUUUGCAAAGAUGAUCCUCACUCUGAUCAUGGCAAAGAGAACAAUAAUGGUAUAUUUACGGUCGUGAGUGCCUCGCCUGAUACACAUCUCUAUGAUGAAGGUUAUUAUGAUUUGGCUAAGAAAACUAUCUUGCUUGAGAGACAAACACCGCUAUAG